AUGGAAGAAAGAGACCAUCUCAAGAUGCCAUCUGAAGACACUGAGUCACCUUGGUCUUGGGUAAGGUCUUUAAUCUAGAGUUUCAGGAAUAGCGUGCUGAAGUUCGAUUCCCCUUAGCCAGGUUUUUUUUUUAAAAAAAAAAAUAUCUGAUUGUUUACUUGGUUGUCUUCUUUUUUUUCCUGAGUAAAGAUGGGAUAAUAUAGUUGGGUGUAGUUGUUUUGUUUUUUAAGGUUUCCUCUUGGUUUUGUUUGCGAUGCCAUUCUUUGGGGCAAGCCCAGCUGUUGAAAUGGCCCUUCCCCACACUUUAUGUGGGGUAGAUUGUAGUAGGACAUCGCUGUAAGAGACAUGCUGCAUUGAUUAGGCUUUAUACCGAAUCACAAAUUUAAUGGUCAGCAAGGCCUUUCCUCGUGAUAUUUGUACUCUUAAUUUGGGAAGUUAACAUUGCAGCUCUCUUUGCUCAUAGAAGAUGUGUAGCAUCUUCACACAGAAGGCGAACUCUUCGGAGAGUGGUUGGUUGCACAUUAAAAGUUUUUUAACGUUUGAUGUUUUACUGUGGUUUUAUAAUUUGUUGGAAGCCACCCAGAGUGGCUGGGGCAACCCAACCGGAUGGGCGGCAUAUAAAUGAUGAUGAUGAUAAUGAUGAAGAAGAAAGGACUGCUCCUAGGUAAUCAUAAGUGUUGACGUUCUCCAUCUCAGAGAAGUGUGAUCCUCUCUUUCUAUGUACCAUUUAUAAAACAGUCAAAGGAAUGUAUACAGUCCUGCAGCCAGCCUUCUUUCUUAGGUGGGAGAGCCACAUUUCAUUUCGGAGAGGGAGGCGCAUAGCACCAAACCAGACUCCCUGCCACUCACAGGUGGAGGGGAUAUAAAGGUCAGGCCAGGGGAAGGGGAGGGGGAAGGGCAGCAAUGUCCCUGCUCAUUCCUCCUCUGUGCAGACAGUGUGCUAGCUUACAUAAUGGGCUACAUAAGGGUCAAGUUAACAGAAAAAUUAGUGUUUAGGAUUUGGGAAUGAAUUAAGUUCAAUCUGCUGAAUUGUCUCACCUUUGAGAUCCCCAGAAAUACCAGACUCAGAAGUUUGACUUUGCCCAGAGCUAUAGUCCUCUUUCACCUGUGGUUGGACUCCCUGUGUUCUGAUUCUUUAGGAACUUAACUACUUUGGUAAUGAGCUCCUGAGCUCAGCUUUGAUACUGAAUUACGUAUUGCAGUUUUACACCCCUUAAAAAACAAAACAAAACACCACCUGUCCAAACUUGUCCAAGUUUAGGGAAAGAAGGAGAUUUUAAAAUGACAAUUUUUUAUAUUGUUUGGAUUUAUAGUGCGCCUGGGGGAGAAGAACUGCUUGAUAUGUGACAGUAUUUACCGGUAAACAAAUAAUCUUUUCCCUGUUAGAGAUACAUAAAUAGAACGAUCUACACAUCAGAAACUCGAAUAGCAGGUUGUGUAUGACCACUCUUUGACUGUUCUGUCAUAUUUAGCAACACACCAACAACUGGAGUGGAUUUUCACCCAUAUGACAAAGUGACAUGCCCAGCUUUUAAAGCACAGCUGUGACGUCCAAUUGUACAGAUGCUUAUUCUGCAACUGAAAUGAAUAGCAGUGGAGUCAGAAGCUUGCGCGUUAGGCUUACUCAUCUCACUUCUAUGGGGCUUUUCUUUGGAAUGACCGAUGCACAAUAACAUAGCUCAGUUUAAGUACCUGUGCCUCUCACUUGGUUUCUUCAUUUACAUUCUGGCUCAGGAAAACAGCAAAGGCAUUUGGGUUGGUCAUAUAAUAUCAAGGUUCAGUUAAAGGGCACCGUGGACUUGGGCUGAUUCAUGUUCUAGGUUUAACAUGUCUUUAGACCCUAAAACAUGCGCUCCCUCCCUCCCCUCCCUCCCUCUCCUCCCCCCAACAGAAUUCACACAGAAAGACCCACUCCUCUGUUCCUCUGUAUCAGUCCUUGCCAACCCUGCUCCCUCCAGUUGUUGUUGGAUUAUCCCCCCCCCCCGACUGUUGGUUGUGCUGGCUGGGGCAAAUGGGAGUUGGAGUCUGAACAACAUCUGGAGGGCACCAGCCUGGGGAAGGCUGCUCUGCAUAACACAGAAAUACCGAAUCCCUAUCAGAGGUGACCCAUUUUAGUAAAUGUAAUGGCAGUGGGGUGAAGGGUGUGUGUGAGAUAAAAUCCAACUGACAUUUCCACUAUUUCUAAAAAUAUAACAACAACAACAGAACACAAGCUUUUAAACCAAGGCCCUGUCUAGACUUUGCAUUUAAGCACUAUUGUACCACUUUAAACAGGGAUGCGGGUGGCGCUGUGGGUUAAACCACAGAGCCUAGGACUUGCCGAUCAGAAGGUUGGCGGUUCGAAUCCCUGUGAUAGGGUGAGCUCCCGUUGCUCGGUCCCUGCUCCUGUCAACCUAGCAGUUUGAAAGCACGUCAAAGUGCAAGUAGAUAAAUAGGUACCGCUCCGGCGGGAAGGUAAAUGGCGUUUCCGUGCGCUGCUCUGGUUUGCCAGAAGUGGUUUAGUGAUGUUGGCCACAUGACCCGGAAGCUGUACGCCGGCUCCUUCGGCUUAUAGAGUGAGAUGAGUGCCACAACCCCAGAGUCGGUCACGACUGGACCUAAUGGUCAGGGGUCCCUUUACCUUUACCACUUUAAACAUUCAUGGCUUCCCCCCAAAGUAUCCUGGGGGCCACAGUUUGUUAAGGGUGCUGAAUAUUGUUAGGCGACCUCUGCUCCCCUCACAGAGCUACAGUUCCCAGCAUGGUUUCAUGAGGGAAACAAGGGUCUCCUAACAAUGCUCAGCACCCUUAACAGUUGCCAGGAUUCUUUGUGGGAAGCUAUGGCUGUUACGGAAGUCGUAUGAUACUGCUUUAGAUGUAACAGAGCAGAUGGGAACCAAGUCAGACCACUGGUCUAUCUAGCUCAUCAUUGCCCCUACUGACUCCAGAGUUUGGGGCUGAGGACAUUCCCAGCUCUACCUUGAGAUGCAUGGAAAUGAACCUGGGACUUUCAGAUUGCAGAGCAGAUGCUCUAUGAUUGAGCUUUGGUGCUUCCACCAAACAAGCACUUGCUGCCCUUUAAUUGUAACCUGUGACCAGUGAUGAACCUUGGGGACUGAAAUUUCAGUGGCAUCCUGCGCGACACCAAAAUUCGGUGCCUCGCUGCCUCUCCCACUCCAUUCUAAAUAAUAGUUGUGGUGUCCUCUGAGGUGCCCCUGAGGCUUUGCCCCCAGUGCAGCUGAACCAUUGUUGCUCCCCUAACUCUGCCUCUGCCAUGGAACAGACUUCCCUACAUUGGAGCUACAGGAGGGUUGAUAUAUUCUGGAAUUUUCCUGACAUAGUGGGGAUUAGGCUGUCGGAAACAGUGCCCAGGCAGAAAUCGCUGAAAGUCCGGGAAAAUCUGGACGUAUGGCAACCCAAGUCAGAAGUGUAGAUUUUGGCAAAUUUCCUUAAAAGUAGCUCAAAAACUUCAUUAUUUUUUUUGAGAGUUUGCAAAAAACAAAAACAUUUUACUUUUUGAAAUAUGGCAACCCUAAACUAUGGCAAAGAGUUCUUCAUUCCAAAAGAUAGCCUUUGCAUCUCUUGGGAAUAGGACAGCUGAGAGCUGAAAGGUUAUUUAUAAUAGUUCCGUUGUGCUGAUCCAACCCACACAGUAGGAAGUAUGGGCUUCUGUUCACUGUUUGUUGUAAAUAACUGCCCCCACACUUAGGAGUAGUGAUCACUGUGACACCUGUCGGCUUCAGCCUUAUUUCAGUGUGAAUUUUUGCAUGGCUGACACAUUCUCAAAUCAUCGUCGUUUGAUUUUCCAUGGCUUAGAUCUCUUGACCAUGCUUCCUCCAACAGAAGUUGGGGUGGGGGUGCUGGACAGGUGAUAUUUAUGAAUUCCUUUUCCCCCUUCUGAAAAUCUGCUCUGGAAAAUAGAGGAAACCUCCAGAACAGGGCAGGGAGGGGGCUACAGUGUUAAGGAGAUCCAGUGAAAAUAACCUCUUCCCCUUUUUGACAGUGGUAUCGUUCCACUGGAUCAAAAGCCUUCUGUGGUAAGAAGGAGCUCUUCAGCUCACAGCUAAGUUUGGAUCUAAUCCCACAUUUUUGAAAAAUGAUUACAUAAAAGAAAACAACAACAACAUUUGCAGUUUACGGAUAAGGGUAAAACGUGCUUCUAUUAGACACGAUUGGGGAAGUUGGCACUGAAGAGUACAGUAAACCAACCCAGCUAAAAUCUCAUGUUCUGUCUUCUGUAAGAGAUAUGUUCUUCUUCUGUUAACAUGAUGACAUGCUUUGGAAAUUUAACUUGCUCCUCCAGGAACCAAGCAAUGGCUCGAGAGUCCUCAGCAUAGGUCCCUUCAGUUGACUCCAUAACAGGUGAUGCAGUAUUGAGUUCCUGUUGCUUCAACUGUGACGAACGUAACCAUUCUGAUGGAUCAGUAAAUCCUCUACUAGGAAUUUGUGGGAGCAGGCUCUCUUAUUUACAAGCAACAUUGUAAAUCAGAGGGGGGGGGACAUAGUUAAAGGCAUAGCAGUCAUGGUAUAUAAGUGGAAGAGAAAACCCAUUUCUCUGAACUGAAAAUACCACACACACACACACACACACACACACACACACACACGUUCUAGAUCUGGUAUAAGGCAGAUUGGGAAUCCAUCUCUGAAUGAUUUGCAUUUGAUCAGUGAGAAUUCUCCAAAUUGUUCAACAAUUGCAAUUACAAGAAGGCUCCCGCACACCUUAAAUUAGUUUGGUGAGAUGAAGGAAGCUUGGGGAGAAAACCCAGCAUGGAUUUGUGCAUGUGAUGAGACUUGGAACUCAGUUCUGGUACUGCAAACAAAUUCCUGGGCUGAACAUGUAACUUGGAGGCACCAGGUUCCUUAACUGCAGUAGUAUGUUGUAUUCCCUCAUCGCUCCAUCCUCCAUUUUGCAUCUGGCUCUGGUUGACAGUCCUUAGGGUUCAAGUGAAAAGUGAAAAGCAAAAUUAAGUAGGCCCUGUGGGUGCCUGAAAUCCGUCCAUGCCAUCCUAGACUGAGCAAAAUUGUACACAAAGGGUGCUAUUUCAGAUAUCAGGAAGCUGAAAUGAAUAUAUUUUGGCGACAUGGAUUUACAACAGUGUUAAAGAGCACAUUCUUGGAUAUCUUAAAGUUAACUGGGGGGAGGGAGAGGGGAAGAAAUUGAUCUAAUACUAUUUAUGUGAUUGAGCAAUAAUAAUAGCAAGAAUGCUAACUGUGCCAACGUUGUCAGCUUACUGAAUUAGUUAUGACAAUAACCAUUCAGUGAAUGGACCUAUCAGAUUUCUUCCGGAAUAAUUAUAUGUGGCCUGAAACACAGACCGCUCUCCUCUGCACAUGGCUCUCCCUAAAGCAUGCUGGUUAGGAUAGAAUUCCCUCUGCUCCUAGAUUUGCUUUGCUACCUACGGCAACUGUAGAAAAAAAAACGUGAGAAGUUGAAUAUGAUCCUAAGAAUAUAAAUACCAAAUGGAAGAAGAGGAAAAGCAGGAGGGCGUACAGCUGUCCUUUCCGAUUUAUUUUUUCCGUCAUGAUUUAUCACUACCUACAGAGAAUUUGUAUUUUUAGAGACUGACAUUAGGUGAGCUAAAGGCUUUGAGAUUGCUAGAGGUUAGGUUUAGGAAGCCACUUCCCACAUACCUUGCUUGUUGAUGCAUUGUCUUCUGUGUUGCAUUUUUCUUACCAAGUACAUGUUGGCAUGGUCAAAAAGCUGCAGGCUUCUUGUCCUACGGACACGGUUCUCACUCAGGGUGCAAGAGAGCCUGACUUCCAAUCCUGAACAAUCUCUUCUUGCAUGCCAGCGUUAGGGGAGAAGAGGCUGGUACUAUUUUGGGGAGUUUUCAGAGGAGGUGACAUAGAUCACUUUGCCAUAUUCUCCAGUCUGCCUCAAGUGAAUCUGUAGUUGCGUUUCAUUCUGUAUUUGGCUGUGCAGAAUCCACUGUUUCCGUGGACAUACUAGUUUUACACAGGGUGUUACGUAGCAGAAAUGCUUCUUUACGAACUCAGCCUCUUGUCUGUGUCUGCCUUUAUUUGUUUGUCAGAAUGUUAGCAGAUAUGCUACAAUGGAGAACUGUUGUCCACAUCUAGAAACUGCAGGCAACGGCUGGGACUGCAAAGCCUUAGCAGGGCCUGGCACUGACACUGCCCAUGGGUUUAUCUGGUAGGAGCAGUGGGGUCUGGGAUGCCACCUAUUGUUUUAAAUUUCCCACAGUGCCCUAGAGCACAGGUCAUAACAGUAUGUAGUGGUAUUGUGAAGCAUUUAUAAAUCAACUUCCCUGAUUAGCCCUUUCCAAAACAAUAAGAGAACUGAAUCCUUUGAAAUUUGCACUUCUCUGAAUUUUGCAAUGCAGUUCCCUGGUCAGGGAAUUUGUACAAAAAUGCAUACACUUGGCUCGAUUGUCCAUAUAAAUGCAUAGAUUGCUGAAAAAGACAUGGAAAAAUUCUUUAUAUUAGGGAAACCUACUUUGCAAAAUGGUGUAUAUUAGGGGAAAUUGCAUGCAAAAAUGUGUGCAUUAGGAGAAAUUUGCACCGAAGUCCUGAUGGAUUUUCUUGAGGACUUUUUGGGGGGAAGGGGUGCGCAUGAAAGGAAUCACAAACUGAUGUGGACAUGUAGAGAAAUGAACCUAACAUUUGGAAAAUAAAAAAACUGAGAGAAACCAAAAUGCAUGAAUUUCCUCACCCCUAUUUGGCAUGAACAUGACAUCAAAGUGAGCACAGACAAAUCUCCCUAGGGAGAGCACUCCAUAGCUGAGGUGCCAUAGCUGCAAAAGCCAUCACUUUAGCCAUCCCCCCCCCAAAUGCUGGGGAUACCUGGAGAAGAACCUUGGGUGUUAAUCUCAGCAUACUGGGAGAUUAAUGUUGGAGGAGACAGCCCAAGAUAUACCUGCAGAGGUCCCACACUAACAAGCACUUAGACUCUAAAGCCUUUGAAAGUCUUGCAGACACAAACAUGGCGAAAGCAUUUGUGGUGGGACUGUGAGGUAAGCAGUCGAGUGAACAAGGUGUGUUUGUGUAUGCUCCUUAGAAUCUCAGUCACACACUACAAUGCAUCCUGAUGUAGGCUGAGAAGAUCAUGACAUCCUCCCAUGAAUGGUCCAUGCUGCCUUUGCCACACUUGACCGGGCUAUGUGGUAUCACAACAACUGCAGAUGAUUACAACACACACACAGGAGUCUGAAUGUUUACAGCUGUCAAAACUAUCUAGUAAUGUUUUAUGAUUUAGUAAUGUUUAUGCAUGUUGAAGUGGAUGUAGGGUUGGAAAAACCCCGAGGGUUGUCUAGCCCAACCACCUGCGAUGCAGGAAUCUCAACAAGAUCAUACGUGACAGAUGGCCAGCCAACCUCUGCUUUCAAAACUCCAAGGAAAUGAGAGUGUACCAUCUCCCGAGGGAGCCCGUUCCAUUGUCAAACAGCUCUUCCUGAUGUUUAGUUGGAAUCUCCUUUCUUGUAAUUUUAAUCCAUUCAUUGCCUCUUUCUUUUGUUGUGCCAAAAGUGCCUAACACAAACAGAAAUGGAAUAGGUCCAAAGGCCGAUACAGACACAAGCUCCGGUCCACAGAACAGAACAAAACACUGCAAGCAAAAAUAAAUGAGCGAAAGGCCACUGGAUGAGAGAGAGGAGGGUUAACUAGUUUUGAAAGCUCUCAUCCUUUCCCUCAUAAGGCUUCCAGGGAUUCUCAGCUUGUGUUGUGGCUGAAGUCCAGCUUUGAUGUUACAAAGCCUGAAGAUAUGCUUUUUAUGCCAUGUCUGCAGCAGUCCACAUUUCAUGCGAGCCACGUGGUGUCCUGUUUGUUUGCAAGUGUAAUUGCCCUGGAGUUCAUUUUGUGUUUGAAGCUGUGGUUGGAAGCUUCGGUGAGACAAUGGGCAUUGGAAUAAUCUGGGAUAAGGCUUUGAAGGGAGACAUCUCAGCCACCGUAAGAUGGAGCUUUAGUUUGGUUUGUUCUACCUAGAAGGCACCCAACCAUCUUAGAAGAGAACAGCCUGAUCUCUUCAGACUCUGAGAUGGCACCACGAGGCAUUCUCCAGUGAUCUCUGUUUCUCAAAAAAAUGCUGGUAAGCUGGCUUGUUGUGACCUGAUUUAGAUUCAAAUCAUAAAUUAUUUCUCUCUCAGAAUAUUGCUGUGCUGAGUGUGGCUGGAAUGCUAAGCCAUUUAUUGAGAUUGCAGAUACUUGGCCCAAGGCUUCAGCGAAUUGUUGUGCUCUCUAUAGAGAUGCAGGAAAAUAAGGAUGGUUGGGUUGGAUCAACACUUGCUAUUUUUCUAAAAAAACAAAGAGGUGCCAGAACUCACCAUGAACACUUGUUCUCUUAGAAUGGCAAUGACGCCCACCUGAGAGGUUCUGGAACUGAGUUCCAGCUGGUGGGGGAGGGGGAGCCCUGCUUGCACCUGUCCUUUAGGAAAGGGUGGAAAACUGCCACCACACUGAUGCAUCGAAGCAAACUUGUGCAGCUUGAGUGAGAAGGAGUGUAUCAGAAUAAUUACAGUGAAGAGUGCCAUUUGGACACCCAAGCCAGCCCUCCAACUUGUAUGGUGAGAAGCACCAUCAAAGCUUGCAAGAUUUUUUUUUUUUUAAAUAGAUGGUACUUCUCACCAUGCAUAUUGGAGGGAUGUUAAUGCUGGCUAUAUACUUAAGGCAAUGCACCACUGAAAAGCAACCUCACAGCUGCAUGGAUACUGGGGCCCUCUGCAUAUAUGCAAAGCCACAAACUGAGAGUCAAGUUGUCCUAAGUUCCAAUGAUCCUCAUAGUAUGCAUUUCAAAGUAGGUGCGAAUAAGGCCAGAACCUGAACCAGGGGCCAUCCAUAACACCAUACAUUUCAUAAAUCACCAGGUAUAUCAUUGUGAUCAAUUCCCUGAAAUUCCACCAAGUAUCAAAGGAGGCGUGAGGAGGGCUUGAAUGGCUGUGGCGUUGCCCCGUGGAAGAGGCAAAAAAGCUGUUUAUUAAUAGAUGUUUGGCAGACAUGCUGUACCAAUAUUUCAUGAGGCUGCAGAAGCGAUGCCGGAUCAAGUUUCUCGUUCAAUUCCAAUGAUGCAUGCUCAAUGGGUAAUAGGUCAGAAGGGGUGGGGGGUGGGGUGAACUAUUUAUCUUAGAUAUUUCACAUCACUCAACAAUUCCAAGCAAAAUAAUAGUCUUGCAGCCCUGUUCUACGCAUGUUUACUCAGAAGUAAUUCUCACUGAGUUCAGUGAGCCUUCAUUCCAAGAAAAUCGGAAGAUCAACGAGAAAUCAGUAAUAGGUGGAAAUGAGUGAGCUCAUCAGGAAAAAUCUAAGGUGGAGGCACAUAGGUAAGAGUGUUAAGUAAUAGAACGUAUCACAUGAGGUUUAAUCCCCCUUGAUUGUGCACCCCUGGGUAAAGGUGCACAAAACUAUAACAUUAAAGUGCAAUCCUAUGCAUGUCUAUUCAGAAGUAAGUCCCAUGGAGUCCAGUGGAACUCAUUUUCAAUUAAAGGUCACAUUAUCAUUCUCUUAAUGUUUUGUGUAGAAUAUACAAAAUGUUGGCACUGAAGUCAAAGCCCUAAGAAGUAUGCAUGGGUCUACAUGUUGUCUGCAGUGCUGUCCCUGCAGGAGGUAAUGGUCAUGUGCAUUAACACCAAUAAUUUCAUUCUGUAAUUGGUUCUUAUGGUUCCUUUAAAGCAGUGGUGGCCAAAUUUGGCCCUCCAGCUGUUUUGGGACUACAACUCCCACCAUCCCUAGCUAACAGGACCAGUGGUCAGGGAUGAUGGGAAUUGUAGUCCCAAAACAGCUGGAGGACCAAGUUUGGCUAUCACUGCUUUAAAGGUUUUGCUCUCAGGAACCAUCCAGGAGGGAAUGCACCCAUAAUGCAUCACAUGUGCCCCUUGCCCAGAGGUGGAGGAAGCCUCUUGGGCACCUGGGGCGAACCACCCAUAGGGGCGGGGCACACGGCACCUGGAGGGACAGGACGGGCGGCGCCCAUAGGGAUGGCAGGGGGCAUACGGGCCGGGUGCACGGUGCCCAUAGGGACAGGACGGAGUGUGCAUGGUAUCCAUAGGGAGGGACGGGACAGGGCACGUGGCUCCCAUAGGGAUAGGACGGGGUGCACAGUGCCCAUAGGAAUGGGGCACGCCACAAGGCCUCAGCUGCCCUACAGCUGGGGGGGAGGCAGUGGGCCGACAGCGUGGAGCCUGUGGGUGCCAGAGAUGCAUGGCUCGGGUGCGCUGCAGAUCCCACGGUUAGUGCCGCCCGCCAUUUUGACACCCCCCCUCAGUGGGGACACCCGGGGCGGAUCGCACCUACUGCACCCCUUUACUCCGCCCCUGCCCUUGCCAAAAUUGGGCUUGUACCUGGCCCCAAGUGUUUACCACUGGGAAGUCUAAUUUUAUCUUCCUGGCUCAGAUAAUAUGUUGCUAAUGGAAGACUGGUGCACUGAAAUUCACUUAAGAGGGGCCUGCAUCAUGCAUGCUCCACCCAGCUGAAAGCAACCCAGUGCCAGCUGUCUGUGGAAAUCCACCAUUGACAAACUUGCUUGUUUUCGUUGCCUGAGUUGGACUUCAAAAAACAAAGAGGUUGCCAAGAUCACAUCUGGCCCAAUACAGGCAUCAAGCCAGUGUGGGUCAUAACUUGUGUAGGCCUGACUUAAGAGGACUUCUGUUCAGGGUUACCUCAGGGGUUCCCAACCUCUUUGGGCCUUUGGGCACAUUUGAAAAUGAAAUAAACUGUUGUUGGCACCACACACACCCUGCAAUUUCUUUUAUUGGCAAAAAGCCUAAUUUCAGCAGGGCACUACCCUGGUUGCCAGGGAAGGCCUCUGUGGAUUCAUGUGGGUCCACAGGCAUGGUGUUGGGAACCCCUGGCUCAAAAUAUAUGGUUGGCCUAGGUCAGGGGUCUGCAACCCGCGGCUCCGGAGCCGCAUGUGGCUCUUUUACACCUUUGCCGCGGCUCCGGGGCGGAUACUAGCGAGGGGAGGAGGCGCAUUGUGCGCCCCGACACUCCCCACUGGCGGGCGCUGUACUGGCUGUGACGUCGCAUGGGGGCGGUGCGUGCGUUAGUCACGCACCAUCCCGACGUCACCUUCCCGCCCGCCCGCUGUAAGGGCAUGUCGCUGGUCACUGCAUUGAAAGGGGCAUGUACGCUGGUCACUGUUUUGAAGGGGAGUGAAGAACACACACACACAAAAGGGUAACUUGUUAAUUUAACGUUUAUUUCUAUGAGGAGGAGUAAUUCUGAGGGGUCAAACAAAGAAAUAAUAAAAAAGUGACAAAAAAGUUAUUUUUAUAAUGACGAGUUUUGCAGCUCCCAGUUUUUUUUUCUUCGGAAACAGGUCCAAGUGGCUCUUUUUGUCUUAAAGGUUGCAGACCCCUGGCCUAGGUGAAAAUGUAUUUUGCUGCUCUCUUCAUACUUUGUACAGGGUUGUGAGUGUACUGUGUCCCCUCACUAAAGGUAUUGCAGUCAGGACAGCUUUAGUGAAGGAAUAUAGUAUACUCACAAACCCAAAUAUGCAAAGAUAUGCUAAAUAUGCACCUCACUAAAGAUGUUCUUGACUGCAGCCUUUGCUUUGUAAGUGUCUAGAUCAUGGGAAGGUGGCUCCAGUUGGGAAUUGUGUAUGUGUAUGUAUAUGUGUGUAGACAAUCUUUCCCCUUUUGUCCCAAGAUUCUGGAGCAGUGCGUGGGCACACCCUCCGUUCAUCAGUGGCUCUUAAAUUCUGACGCCUCAGACAACCACCAGCGCUGCCUAUUAGGCUGGGCUGGCCCUGUUUCUUCUGAUAAAUGUUGAGGCAUCAGUGGGUCAUUUUGUCUCCCUGAAGAGAUUUUGUCUAUUUUUAGCUACUGAGCAAAAACAAUUGUAAAUGCUUGAUAACACCCGAGUGCUUUUUAAAAAAAGGAUUUGACCUUAGGAAAGAAAAAAGGAUUAGUUCACUCUCCUUGUAACCAGACCUACCCGAUGCCAGUAUGUCACCUGACUGCUUCUCUGACUCAUUGCAUGGGGACUAACUGUACAUUUAAGGCAUUAUCGCUCAGGAUCAAGUGGACGUCUCAGUGUAAUUGCUUUACGACUCUCAGGUGUCACGUUACAUGCAUGGAUGACUCCCCAACCAUUCGUGCCUUAGAGAGCUCUGCAGUUGGCUAGUAAAACUGCUGAUUAAGAUUUCCCAAUCUCAAAGCGGCUCUCUUAAGGGCAGAUUCCCCCUUGGCCUUGUUGAAAACAAUGCAAAUACGUAUAUUUCACAUUCGGCAACCAACACACCCCUUUGGUUUCAGAUAGUACAUGGGUAGACGAGUCUAAAAAGCCUGGUACAAAAACGAUCAUGAACAUCUAGAGCAUUGGUAGGCAAUCUAAGGCCCGGGGGCUGGAUCUGGCCCAAUUGCCUUCUAAAUCCGGCCCGCGGAUGGUCCGGGAAUCAGCGUGUUUUUACAUGAGUAGAAUGUGUCCUUUUAUUUAAAAUGCAUCUCUGGGUUAUUUGUGGGGCAUAGGAAUUUGUUCAUUUCCCCCCCUUCAAAAUAUAGUCCGGCCCCCCAUAAGGUCUGACGGACAGUGGACCGGCCCCCUGCUGAAAAAGUUGGCUGACCCUGAUGUAGAGACUAUGGCAGGCUCAUCUACCAGAAGUAAUGUAUUUUGCAUUAACUCAAGAAAUGUGUAUUCACUUCUGUCCAAACUAAGCCUUCUGUUGUAGAUCUUGCAGUUAUCUCUAAUCUGAAGGAAGAAUUGAGUGCAGCCAGGAAGCUCACUCCUGACGAGAUAUCCCGUUCGCUAAAACCUUUGUUACUUUUGUUGACACUUGCUACUUUUGUUGUUAGUUAUAACGUGAUGGCAGAUGACCAUCCCCUCCCCGUCCCUCUGGAUCUCAUUGAGUAAGAAUAGGUGCGGGUUGAUGGCAAUUCAGAAUGAGUUGAGGUUGACAAUAUGUGUUGACUUGGCAAUUUAGAAGGAGGUUGAGACUGACAAUAUGUGUCGACUCUUUCCUAGGCUAAACAUAGCCAGCUCCUUUUACUUAUUUCUGAAUUCAAAAUUCAAAUUCAUUCCCCCUCCCUCUCCCCCCAAACUGGGAUGUUGUAGGAGUACAGCUUCCAACUGCUCUGAUCAUGGACAAUGCUGGCUGGGGCAGAUGAGAGUUGGAAUUCAACAUUUGGAGGGUCGCAGGUUCCCCACUCCUGGCUUAGGAUGUCAGCUAUAGUCUUAGGAGGGGUGGUGGUCCAGUAUUUGUUCUUGGUCUUUCUCACUUCAGAAGGCCAAUGCUCCCAUUUGUAAACCCCACAUUCUGUCACUAGGUGCUGCUCUUUCAGUAUUUUGUCUGGAACCUAACAGUGUUCGGUAAUGCUCUGUUCAAGUUGUGACUGAAAUUCUCAAUCUCUCUCUCUCUCUCUCUCUCUCUCUCUCUCUCUCUCACACACACACACACACACACACACCUCCACACACAAAAAGUCCAUGUGCCCCGAGAUACACGUUUCAAAACCAAACUAUAAAAACAGUAUCAAACCCAGACAAUUAAAAGCAGGAAGAGAACCAUGCAUGUCAUGUAAAUUUGCAGGUGCUUGAGUGGGGCCCCUGUUAAUGACAUGAUAUCAGGACUACAUCGCCCGAUAAGAAAUGUGAACAUAUUAGCUAUGGAGCAAUUAUAGAUGACUGAGUGGUUUGCCAGGGAAAUUCUGGGCCAUCUUUAUGGAAAAGAGGAGACUGAGAGGAAAUAUGAUAGCCAUCUUCAAAUAUCUAAAGGGCUGACACAUAGCAGUGCUGGAUUUAGAGUGGAGUGGGUUGUUCCCCUGCACAGGGCACUGAGUCUAGGGGGUGUAAAAUUGAGAAGAUCCAUAAUUUAGAAGACUCAUUUGGGGGGCACGAUAUUACAAAAGAUGACUGAAGUCCGCCUUGUACAUGGAAGAUGAAGCAAGCUUGUUUUCUCCUCCUCUGAAGCCCAAACCAAUGUUUUCUCCUUCUCUGAAGCCCGAACCAAUGGCUUCAGAUUACCAGAAAGGAGAUUUCAACUUAACGUGAGGAAGAACUUUCUGAUGGUAAGGUUUGACAGUGGAAUGGGCUGCCUCGUAAGGUGGUGGACUCUCCUUCCUUGGAGAUUUUAAAGCAGAGGUUGGACAGCCCUCUGCCAUGGAUGCUUUAGUUGUGAUUCCUGCAUUGUAGGGGGCUGGACUUGAUGACCCUCAAGGUCCCUUCGAACUCAACAAUUCUAUUUUUCUAUUCUGUGUGCUGACCAGGAGAAAAAGGCCUGCCAAGUUCAGUGGAACCCACUGAGUUCAAUGGAACUGAGUUCAACAUGGUGCAGCCUGAAAAGUUCCUUUAUCUUGCCUUCUGAUGUUUGCUUUCCUUAACACAGUUUGCCUCUCUGCUUAGAUUGUUAUGUAUUAACUUUCUCCUGGCCUGAAGUGGUUUUGAAAACCUAUUUACACCAGGGAGGCAAGGCAGCCAGUCAGCAUGUCUGUGUAAGGGGACAUGGAAGAAUGAAGUAUGUAACUGCAGUUGGCAGAGGCCACUCAGUGGAUUGUGUUAUUUUGUUUUAAACAAGCCAGCAAAGUUGUGGUGUGCUUUGAUUGGCCCGGAGGAGCCACCUCCCACUUCUCAGAAGCCGUUCGGAACAGAUUGUAGAUACGUGGAAAGAAAUGCAGGAUGUACUUGGUUGUAAACUUGGAAUUCUCUUUCUGCUUGAGGAAUCAAUAGCUAAAGGACAAAGUGCCUAAGAUUCCUUUCACAUCUUAAAACCUGGCAAACACAGACACAAACACUUGUGUGAUACAACUACAAAGCCCUUUUCUUUGACUGCAGCACUGCUUCUUUUAAUUCCAUGAGUUGUUUUGUGUCAACUUCCGUAGUAGGAUUGCACCCACUGUAGUUUCAAACACUAUUAAAUAAACCCUUUUCUUUUCUUUUCAUCACCACUGCAGCUCAUUUUCAUGGUGUCUCUUUUAAUCCAGGCCUUGGGGGAAUGUGCAAAGCUUGUUUACUUUCUGCAUACGAAUUUAUCAGUUGGUUGCUAUUUUAACCGUUUACUGUCUAUUCUGUCUUAUUGCUUCUUGACGCGUUGCAACUCACACCGCGCUGGGCCUUUGGUGAAGUGUGGAUAAUAACUAUGCUAAACGAAUGCAAUAAAUGAAUGCUCCCCCCCCCCCGGGAUGUUGAUUAACAGCUGCAAGCUAAUUGCACAGAGGUUUGAGGAGGAAGUAAAGCUAAGGGUGAUUUCAGGUGAUGCUGAUAGCGUGCCCAGCCGCAGAGUCCUGCCCCGCUCCUGGCGUGUCUAACUGCUGAGUGUCUGGGAUUUAAACAGCCACAGCUUUCAGAUGUAGGAAGCUUUGGCAUAGGCAUUGGUUGGGUAUUCCUCUCAGGCACCCUGCAGGAAGACUGAGGCAUGACAGGGUCUAUUUGGUGGUGGAUCCAUUGCAAAACACAGGUUUACGCGGUUGGCCCCCAAAUGCUGAGGGAAGCUUUAUGCGCUUGGCUCUUUGGAGACUUCCCUCCAGACCCCUCUGACAGGGUACCCUGUUAACAGGGAUUAAAAACUAUAGGAUUCUGCCCAAGGCCUAAGUCGUCAAAGUUGUGACUAGUGCUAUGGGGAAGACAAAACCUGCAGAGAGGGGGAAAUCCCUUCCUGGCUCUGAAUACGGCAACCGUCAGAAGACCACAGCAAAGCCCAGCUAGCUGAAAAGAAACGGUUGGAGCAGUAAUCAAUGAAAGGAGGGGAAGGGUGAGUGAUGCUCUCAGCCGACUGGAUGCUGUGCAGAGUGGUUGGUCGGGCUAAGUAAAUGGCCAUGCCCCCACCAGGGCUGCCACGGAUUGGCUCGUUUGGUCAGUUCAAUGCAGUCGUGAUCUAUGGAUUCCUUCUAUGGAAUUGAGAGUUGUUGUGUGAAAAGCACCAAUGAAUCAACAUGUUUUCCAGGAACAGCUGCAGAGCAAAUGCAAAACCGCUCGAACCCGUUCUUUUUAGGCACGGGACAAGGGGAAGUGUGGACGAGCCCUUAGAUGCAAAAAGGGCAACAAGGGAGAUCAGUUGCAGAUAAUUACCAAUACACCAUUGACUCUUUAUUUCUGCUCCUCUUCCUGUUCUCCCAGUUUCAGAAAGCUGCCUUAUAUCACUAGCCCAUCAUGCUCACCAUUGUGUAUUCUGUGUUAUCUGGAAGCAGCUCUCCAGGGUUUCCUUGCCCUGAAGUCAUAUUUCUGUCACAAUGCAUCUACUGCAAAUCAAGGAUCAAUAUGAGGCAUCUAAGAAAGGGCUGGCAAAAGGGCUGAGUCAUUCAACAAUUUUUCCACCUGGGCUUUAUUGCACUGGCAGUUCUGUAGCGCUGCUGCAGGCCACAGACACCAUCUUUCCAAUGACUCAUAAAUCCAAGGUCUUCAUUACUUGAGAUGCAUCAAAAAUUGUGACAUUUGGCUCCUUGGGCAGCUUCUCGGCUGAGUAACUAUAUUUGUCCCUUCCUUCAGGUUCUCCCGACUGCUUCCUUAGACAUCAAGGAUUUUGCAAUACGCUAGGCAAUACUGUAGGUUACAUUUCCUAUGUGUAACAUAGCUGCGUGCAAGUCUGUCUCUGUCAGAGACUCUAAUGAAAGUAAAGCCAGACUUAGGUCAUCGAGUUGGAGGCUUGAUGACGCUCUGUUGGGAACAAGAUUGUCUAAGUUCCUUGAAAGGACUAUGAGAGAAGUGAUGGGCUUGAGUGGUCCAAAAGGGAGCAUAAGAGGCGUGGAUGACUUUUGUGCAUAAUUUGGCAGAUAUAUGGCAAUCCAAUGCACUGCGUUCUACCUGGGGGAAGAAAUUCAAAGUUGUGUUUAAGCCCCAUGGUACCUGAAUAGGAGAUUUCACUGGAAGCCUGCCUUUCCAAAUGAUCAUCUUAGCAUGUUACAUAGAUUGAGAGAGAGACUGUGUGUGUAUGAGAGAGCGAGAGAGAUUUGGUUUUAAUUUAUUUAAAUGUGUGAAUUGAAUGUUAUGGAUUUAGUAUUUGGUGUUGAAAUGAACAGAACACGAAGUGAUCGUUAGUAUUUUUUCCAGAGGACCCCAAUGUCUUCCCUCGCGAUAAAGCUUCAGUUUUGUGGAAAUCACAUUUCUCAGCACUUAACUUCCAAAUUACAGUGGUAGCUCAGGUUACAUACGCUUCAGGUUACAUAUGCUUCAGGUUACAGACUCCGCUAACCCAGAAAUAGUGCUUCAGGUUAAGAACUUUGCUUCAGGAUGAGAACAGAAAUCGUGCUCUGGCGGCGCGGCAGCUAAAGUGGUGCUUCAGGUUAAGAACAGUUUCAGGUUAAGAACAGUUUCAGGUUAAGUACAGACCUCCGGAAUGAAUUAAGUACAUAACCUGAGGUACCACUGUAUUGUUGCUAAUAGAGAAAAUGAUUAGAAGAAUAUGACUGAAAAAAAGAGAGAGACUGGUUUAGACACAGAAGAAGGUGAGAUGGGCCUUAGUGGAAAAGCACUUUCCAUCUUUGGUUCUGGCUCUUUAUUCUGAGAUUUAACUCAUUUCCUCAAAUACCCAGAAAAGGCGGCUAAAACUUCAAAACAAUUUCAGAGGAUAGCACUCCAACACGAAAGUAACUCUGUACAGGAACUAUAGGCUGAACUAAUAUUGCAUCUAUGAUGAUGAAAUGCUGGGUGCAAGAGAGAAAAAAUAUGUCAAAGGCAUCAUGGGCCAGUCAAGAGAGUCAUCCACAGAUUAUAAGAAAACGACAUUUAAUCUCUAUUGGUGGGAGUGGUAGAGUCAAAGUUUGCUAGCAAGUUAUGCAAGCUGCUGAAGGUGGUGACCAGACUCAAAAAACUGGUUUAGGCUGGUAAGGGGAACUCCAAAUUCACACAAUGUGAUCUCAGGUUCAAAAUACUAAAACUAUAAUUUGCAGCUUUACCCCUUCAGGGUAAGUGUGGUGAACCUUCUCUGUGCUCCUCCCAAUAGUUCCUCAUGCCCCAGUAAGUGUGGAGCAUAUCUGGAGGGGCCAAUAGUUCCCCACACCUGGGAACUGAGCCUAGGUUCCCUUUGUGUCUGGUGCUUCAGUCCUCCCUCAGCUGCAGUAGAUUCGAUGGCUGUAACCAACUCAUCAUCCACAGGGGACUCUAGCACUGCUCUUGUGGUCCUUUACUGGACCUUUGAGAGUCACUGUCAAGUAACUUAAGGCUAAGUUGUGCUCAGACAAUUUGCCUAGAGGAUGGCCAUCUCCAUCUGUCCAGAGCUCAAGCAAUGGGUGGGGCAAUGCUCUUACUUCUGUGAUGUUUACAAAUGUUUUAAUAGGGGCUGAGAGGCAUUGAAUGAAAAUACUGUUAGGGUCUGAAGACUUGUUCAGGUUUUCAGCCUCAGAUCCAUCUUCCUCUCCCACCCUGCUUUUCUUCCUUGCCAGUUUAUUUCCAUGAUGCAUUCUUUGCCUGACACAAUCACAAAGAAAUGUUUACAAGAAAACUGGGAAGAUCUAGACCAGUGGUGUCCAAACUUUUUCCAAAGAGGGCCAGAUUUGAUGAAGUGAAGGGCCCUGAGGGCCAACCAAAGGGCCAACCUAAGUUAUUGAGCUUUUUUUAGGACUGAAGUUGUUGAGGUUUAUUUAGGAUCUUACCCCAGUAAAUAUACUGCCACAGGGGCGGAUUAAACCAUCCGGUGGGCCGGAUUAGGCCCCAGAGGCAGACUUUGGACAUGCCUGAUCUAGACAAACAUCUCUCCCAGCCAUAAGCUUCCGCAAGGCUUUCGUGCUCUGCUCAUGGCCAUAUUUACUAUCAAGUGCACAUGGGCAGAAACAAACGGCUCACUGUGCUUGUUCCCAGAACAGUACAAGCUGAGUAUUGACAUUUGAGUGAUGAAUGCUUUUUGUUUCGCGUUCUCCUUGGUGCGUGUUGCCCGGAGAUCCUGUGCCUGUGUUUUCACAUCUCAAACCCAUUCUUCGCAGCUUGUAAACAUGAGCAUUGACCUGAGGUGAGCUCAGCUGUCAGGCUUGUCUGGCCACAAUGUAUGUGCCAAAGUCAGAUGAUACAUGUUCCUCUUAGUGUGGAAUCUUAAAAAGGGAUAGGAACAGGUUUAGCCUGAGUAAAAGCAUGUGAAACAGGAAGAAAGGUCCUGCAGUCCAUCUAUAUAAAAGCACAGGUGAGGGGUGGGGAACCUCAGGCCCACAAGCUGAAUGUGGUCAUCUAGGCCACACCCCUCACCCAGGCCACACCCCUCUCUGGUCCUGUUUUGCGUUCCAAGGGUUUUUGCCUGGCUGGAAUGUGUCCUUGAACACUGAUCAUGCUUCUUGCUUGCAUGAAUGGAGGAUAAAGAGUAGCAUGGGAGAAAUGUGUAGGAUGUAGAAAAAACUAUACUACUAUACAAAAGUGGAAUUUACGACUCCUUUUGCUACUGGUCCUGACCACCACUGGCUUGUGAUUUGGGGUGGAUACUGCCAGGUUCCCAUUCCAAAACACAACAAGGACUCUUACUUGAAAGCAAGGAAGAGAUUUCCAUUCAGGCUGAUAGUGGUGAAAACUCCACAGCGAGCACAAGUUCCAGAAGAUUCCAAAAACAUGACCUAAGCAAGAGGUUCAUAACGUAACAGAAGAUACGAAGCUGUCCCAACAUUUCACACUGCCCUCCUGCCAAGCUGUUAAAGAUGAGGCAGGGUGAGCUGACCCAAGAGUUUGCUGCGUGCACACAUGCACGCUCCAUUUGGGCUGAUGUGUCUGAUACCACUUAUGAAGGCAGUGCCUUGUUCUUCAUGACAUCUUCUGCUGCCAUCUUCUCUUGUUCUGCCCUUCCCUCUGGCUGGUCGCAGUCUGCUCCUCUCCUGGUGAGGCUGUUUGCUCCACUGGAGGGGCAGAGGAGAAAACCAUCAGAGUUACUUUCCCCUCUCUGACAUUUAGGUUCACAAGGGGAAGACGAGUCUUGCAGCCCCUUAUCUCCUCUACCUCCUUUUCCCUCCUCUUCCUCCUGGUCCAUCUGGGGCUGCCAAGGGGCUCAUGACAGUUGCCCACCCACAUUUUCCCUCUACCAAAGUAUGCCCCCAAAGCAGAGUCGCUGAGCAUGUGCAUGUUUACAUGUAUACAUGUUCUUGUGGGGUAGCCAUGUUAGUCUGUUGCAGCCAAAGCAACCAAGACUAUGUUGUUGUUGUUUAGUCGUGUCCGACUCUUCAUGAUCCCAUGGACCAGAGCACACCAGGCACUCCUGUCUUCCACUGCCUCCCGCAGUUUGGUCAAACUCAUGCUGGUAGCUUCGAGAACACUGUCCGUCUCGUCCUCCGUUGUCCCCUUCUCCUUGUGCCCUCCAUCUUUCCCAACAUCAGGGUCUUUUCCAGGGAGUCUUCUCUUCUCAUGAGGUGGCCAAAGUAUUGGAGCCUCAGCUUCAGGAUCUGUCCUUCCAGUGAGCACUCAGGGCUGAUUUCCUUAAGAAUGGAUAGGUUUGAUCUUCUUGCAGACCAUGGGACUCUCAAGAGUCUCCUCCAGCACCAUAAUUCAAAAGCAUCAAUUCUUUGGCGAUCAGCCUUCUUUUUGUAUAUUCACAGGCUCGGGGCAGAGAAUACACUAAAGGCAGGUAAUUUGAGGAUGUUGUCACUGCUUCCCCACCCUUCCCAUGUGUGUGUUCUCUGUAUGCUGUUUGAACAUCUGGAUAAGACUAGACUCAGUGAUUCUAGAAACCAUGAACCCAUGUUUGUUUAUUUUAACCACAUCGAGAAACAAAAUAGUCUGGCAUUCUGAGGUUUUCACUGUUUAGUGCACUUAUAGAUAUUACUACUUUAUAAUUAAAUGAGUCUUCAUCAUCUUUUAAUUUCAAUAACAGCACCCUAAAGGAUCCAUAACUUCUCUUUAAUGGAGCUAUAUAUUGUAUUAGAGAAGCAAUUUUCUAUUUAAUUUAUUGCUCAUCCUAAAAGGUUUAUGGAUAUCAACUCUGUACUUCAGUACAUCAUUCAACCCUGUUUUUUUCCUACAUAUUGCUAACAAAAUUCACAACAAUACUGUAUAAGUAAAUUAUUGUCAGCCUGAUAAUCAGAUCAGUUACCUCACUCACUCUGGGACAUUUUUGAAACUCUAGGAAUGUCAUACUUUUAUUCUUCUCAGAAUGGGAUCCUUAAUAUAAUUAAUAUCAUUCUGCACCUAAACUGAUUCAGCUGGAGUUUCAUUAAUUGUUUUCUGAUAAACUAAUAAAAUGUUAGAUAACUACUAUGCCAAUAUUUAUUCACUUACUGGCCUACGCAAGGAGAGGAUAUUCAAUGAAACAUCUUCAGAGGAAUAUUUAACUUUAUAGCUGGCAAGGUUUGACAGUAGAAUUUGGCAAAGGAAUGUUUUUAAUAAACUGGGAGAGAUCAGUUUCCUCAUAAUGCAGCCGCUGUAACAAAACAAAUGGAUUUCUCAAUGGCUAUAUGACAUCAUGUGUUCCCUACCUCAUGCUCAAAUAAAACAGCUGCAUCAGAAAUCAAUAAUUCAAAGAAUUAUUAUGCCAUCAAGUCUCUGUGCUUUGGCCCUCUGCGUCUCACUCUCUCACCUUUCCUGGGCUGAAAUCUAAACCUUCUUUGUGCUGGGCUGGCAUGUGUGUGUGUGUGAAUUGGGCAGAGAUGUCCCUCUACUCGGGUCUGCUACUAGUGCUAUCCAUGUGUUAUUCUUGGAGAAGGCAUUUGUGUUGAAGCAAGAGUGGGGGGCUUCUGUGUCAGCCCACCCCCAUGUUGCAUCCCUGGACCAAACCCAGCCAUAAAUGCCUGUGUGUUGCGAUUAUCGUCAUGGAUGUCAGAGGGGUGGGGCUAGCCCUGGGAUGUGAUGUCAGGAGUGGGGCCAGCAGUGCAGCCCUACUCCCGUUGCUGCGUCAUCCCACGAGUGCCAAUACACACAAGCAACAUGUGACUACUGUCCAGGAGACAAGCUGCUGUUCAGUUUACAAAGCAGGUUGGGCCACAUCCGCAUAUGGAUCUGUCGUGUAGCAACAGAUGCCGAGCUCUGCCCUUGUACCAGGUCUCUCUUGGAGACACAAGACUCCCUUUGCAGUUUCUGAUUCUCAUUCUCUUUCAGUUCUUUCCUAGUCAAACUUUUGAUUGCUUGGGUUACUUUGUGCUGCCCAUUGCUGCAGACAGGUGUUCCAUGUUGCAUACCCUCCAACACUUCUCUGAUGAAAAUAGGGGCAUUCUAUUCCAUCAUCAUUUUAUUAUUUAUACCCCACCCAUCUGACUGGGUUGCCCCGGACACUCUGGAAGGGUUGCAGCAUAUAUAAAAACAUAAAAAAACUAUACAGGGCUGCCUUAGGAUGACUUCUAACGGUUGUAUAGUUACUUAUCUCCUUGGCUCGAGAGUCGGAUAACUCCAUACCCUCCAACAUUUCUCCAAUGAAAAUAGGGAUGUCCUAAGGAAAAACGGGACAUUCCGGGAUCAAAUAAAAAACCAGAACAGCUUCUGUAAAUCCGGGACUGUCCCUGGUAAAACAGGGACACUUGGAGGGUCUGAUGUUGCCUUUGAAUCUAUUUUCUUAGAUCCUGUAAUUAUAUCUACUGAACACGGAUGUGUUUGCACAGGUGUUUGUGAGACAUAAAACAACUCUUUUUUUUUUUAAUAAAUGAGAAUUGGUACUUGGUCACAACCUGAAAUCCUGUGUUCUCUGCAACAUUCCAGAUUCAAAUGCGACUGUGUGGGUCUGUAUCUGAGUGUUGUGCUAUCUGGAUGUUAUUUAUAACUCUGCAUUGCAGAGGAGUGUCAAGUGGCGUUCAACAGCGCCUUUGGCAAGGUGCCCAGCUUGUCACGGGCUGGUUAUAUCACUACAUGAAGAAAGUUGUUUUUGAGACUGAGCAUACAGUGUUGUUUUCAAAGAAUUGCCAUCGUCAGCCUGCUUCCAAAGGCUGCGCGAUUGCGUCACGUAUUGUGACACGCUGCUCGACUGCCAGACCCAAACCGACUGUGCUGCUCCUAGGCCCAGCGCCUGAGCUUUAGAAGUACAUUUGAAUGGAUGUGCACAGGCCCAGCACAUUGAUGGAAGAGCAAUGUGGUUCACUUCACCUUUCAACGCAAACCGACCUUAUUCACAGUUCCGGAAAAAAUACACCAACUGUAAUGGAGCUUACCUCUGAAUAUUCAGCAGUCAUUUCCAUGUAUAUUGCAAACUAAUUCCCUCCCUCCCUGGAAGCAAAUAACAUGGAAAUAAGCACUAAACUUGUGCUAUAUCCCAGUAUAUUUCUAGGAGUCCAUUUUAUAUUGUGUGAAAGUUCAAAUAUAAUGAACCAAAAUGAACAGUUAUAGAAAUGUUGAGGGGAAACGAACGAACUGCCAUGAGAAUACUGCUUUCCUGAUGUAUAUUUUGCACUAGGGGACUUAGUGUGGUCAGAAUCGAGUUUUCACUUCCGGAGUUAACACUAAAUACAUUACUUUUGGUAAAUGAGCCACCAUAGUCACUAGAGGGCCGUGAAAAUUUGUGUCCCAGGCUUUUUAGACUCGUUUACCCAUGUACUAUCUGAAACCAAAGGGGCACGUUGGUUGCCAGAUGUGACCCCCCCCCACAACUCUCCUAUCCCACUACCAGUGUUAAGAAAGUUAUUCAGGAGGAAGACUGGAUUAGGCCAAUUGCCAUCUUGUCAAACAUCCUGUUCUUACAGUAGCCAACCAGAAGCCUGUGGGAAGCCCACAAGAUAAAAUUAGUGUAUGUGCGAGAGACAUUAUAGAGGUUUUCUAUAAAUAUUUUGAAUAAAGCACAAAUCACAUGCAGAAAUAAGGCCAUAGUGAUUUCAGUGCUGGUGUGCAUACAAAUGCAACACGUUUACUCUUCUGCCUAGCCUGGUCAAUCUCACAUCAUAGAAUCGUACAGUUGGAAGGGACUCUGAGGGUCAUCUAGUCCAAACCCCCUGCAGUGCAGGAAUACGCAGUUAUCCUAUACGGGGAUCGAACCUGCAACCUUGGCAUUAUCAUACUCUAACUGACAACUUUACGUUUUACUUUUGUUUCAACUAAAUAACGGGCAUGAUCCCACCCCAAAAUUAAGCACUUUUAAGCCCCGUUGAUCUAAUCAGGAGAGAAUUAUGCACAAGCAUUUAACCUCUCCUCUUGAAAUCAAUGGGACUGAGAAGCUCUCAGUUUGCCUGGAUUUUACUCAGACCAUCUAUUGACCCAUUGGCAUUUCAGCCUCUGCAAGUUGUUAGCAAAGCAACCUAAUGAUAACUUGAAAUUGUUUCAUCAGAGUCAGUAUUAGUACUUCCGCCCGGUGGUUCCACUGCUACCUCAAGGCAGUAUGAUGACUUUGUAUGAUGAAAGCAGAGGGCUGUUAAUUGGAAGGUGCUCGGGCCUAAUUAUUUUCUUUACGAUACUGAGCAAGCUAUUUAAUAUCAUAGUUUCCUCAGUUUCCUUAUUUGCAAUACAAGGUCAAUGGCCACCUCUGGCCAAGUGUUGUAAAGCUCAUUACACUGAUUUUUUUAUUUAUUUAAAGAACAGCAUCUGCAGUUGUACACCUCUGCAGAAAUUUGUGUUGCGAUUGGCUGAUCCUUUACUAGGCUUCAGUGACCCAUCGAAAGGCUACUUGGCAGGUCGAGACACAACAGCAGAAAGAGGUAACCUAGGUAUAACCCUCCAGGUGUCCCUAUUUUCUGGGGACAGUCCCAGAAUUAGAAAAGCCAUACCGGCUCUUCUGAUUUGAUUCUGGAAUCUCCCUAUUUCCCCUGCCAGUGCUGCCACCAUGAAGCUCAGGGUGGAAGAUGAGCCGGCACUUUUCUCAAGCAGUGGUGGUAACGAGGGAGCCUCCUGUUGGCUCUCCAUGACCAACGACCUCUUCCUUCCUUGGGCAGCUCUUUGUGGCUGCUGGAGAGGCUGCCGCCAUCAAAGUUCAACCCUGUGUGAUGUGUCAACUCUGAGGGGCAGUUAGAGGGCAGGGAAGAAAGUGGGAGCAGAGUGGGUUGCAAGGCGUCUUUUGGUGUUUUUUUAAUGCUUUGUGUGCCCACGUUUAAUCUUGCCCCUUUCUAAAAUUUAUUUAUUGGUAUGUGUUUUCCUUUUUGUAGAUCUACCAAAGAAUCAAAUCAAGUCAAACUGGGAUUAGGGGGUUUCCUCAGGACGAUGGAGGGCGUGUGUGCUCUGUCCCGUUGGUGGAGUAGUGGUAGCACUUGCCCAUCUUCUGACAGGAAAUGCUUUGUUGGGAGGUGACCAAAAAAUGGGGGGUGGAAGAGGGUCAGUCGAGGAGACUGGAAAAAAGUCUCUAUUUUCCUCCCAACUCCCAUCAGCCCUAGCAAGCCAAUGGCCAGGAUGAUGGGAGGUGGUGUCCCCAACAUCUGUAAGGCUGCAGGUUCUCCAUCCUUUCCCCGGAACACCUAAUAGGUUGGUUCUAGAUUAAAUCAAUGUACAGUCAUACCUCGGGUUAAAUUUGCUUCAAGUUGAGCGCGUUCGAGUUGCGCUCCGCGGCAACCCGGAAGUAACGGAGCACAUUACUUCCGGGUUUUGCCGCUUGCGCAUGUGCAGACGCUCAAAAUGACAUCACGCGCAUGUGCAGAAAUGGCGAAAAGUGACGCGCGCAUGCGCAGACAUGCCAUCGCUAGAUACGUUUACUUCUAGAUGCGAACGGGGCUCCGGAACGAAUCCCAUUCAUAUCUAGAGGUACCACUGUAUUUGCUCCAAUUAUGACUGCAUCUGGAUGCAGCAACCCACGUUCUCCGCAGUUAAUGUCAGAACCUGUCUAAUUACCCUACUUAUCUCCCUUAGCUAUGUGGCCUCCACAAAGCCCUGCUUUUUGUUACCCACAAUCUAAUUUCAGUGUAAUUGUGCCAGUAUUUGUUUGCUGAUGCACUCUGAAAUUAGAUUGCAAUCGAAGGCUGUGCCUGAAAAGUAUUUAGCACAUUUCUGAGUGCUCUUGAAAUAAACAAAACAGGAUUAGACAUCUUUGUUCAUUAGCUGAGAACCAGAUGUGAGACAGACAAGCCCUGGUUGUAAACUUCUGAGAGGCAAUCGGCUGCCGCUGUUUGAAACAGACAGACCUUUACAGUCCAAUUCACCUGGGAAGUUACAGUGGUACCUCUGGUUAAGAACUUAAUUCAUUCCGGAGGUCCGUUCUUAACCUGAAACUGUUCUUAACCUGAGGUACCACUUUAGCUAAUGGGGCCUCCUGCUGCCGCCACGCGAUUUCUGUUCUCAUCAUGAGGUAAAGUUCUUAACCUGAGGUACUACUUCCGGGUUAGAGGAGUCUGUAACCUGAAGCGUUUGUAACUCGAGGUACCACUGUAUUAUGUUCUCAACAGUCAUCUAUGGAGAAUGGAGAGGCCCUUUGCAGACACUGACUUGGAUCCUAAGUGGACUUAACAUUUAUGCAAGGAAAGUUCCCUUGUCUCCAUCUCCCCUGAAGCAACUUCAAUAAAGCCUAACUCGAGAUCAAAGGACCUGCCCAAACAAUAUGGUAUAGGGUGUGAGGUAGAGGAGAUUGCCCCUGUGAUGUGUGUGAGUGACAUCUGCACCCCACAGGGCAUGCCAAUGUGACGCACAUGUGCACUUGCCGACGUGACAUGUGCAUGCCCUGGACACCCACUGUCGUGGGGCAAGGUGGCGUGCCUCUUUCUGCCCAUUCCCUGCAACAACUGCCACUUUUUGUGCCAUCUUCUAUACCGUUCUGGAGGGCUCCUCAAUCUUCAGGUGCAGCUGGGAGGGGGGCAGCUUGGGGGAGGGGUCCACAGUAUGGAACUGCUUUCUGCUAACCCAAGACCACCCCGGCACACAAGGAACCCAGUGUUUUCAAACAUAUAUGGCUAACAGGGCUUUUACAGCUGCAGCGAAUACCUGAGAAACCACUUUGCAGCAGAGGUAAAGAUUUACCGUAUUUUUUGCUCUAUAAGACUCACUUUUUCCCUCCUAAAAAGCAAGGGGAAAUGUGUGUGCGUCUUAUGGAGCGAAUGCAGGCUGCGCAGCUAUCCCAGAAGCUAGAACAGCAAGAGGGAUUGCUGCUUUCACUAGACAGAGAUCCCUCUUGCUGUUCUGGCUUCUGAGAUUCAGAAUAUUUUUUUUCUUGUUUUCCUCCUCCAAAAACUAGGUGCGUCUUGUGGUCUGGUGCGUCUUAUAGAGCGAAAAAUACGGUACAACAAAUGUCGUAGAAAAAGUACUUGUGUGUAAGAAGAGCCAGAAAACUCCACAAGGAGUUUGCAGAUAGGCGUACCAACAACGGAUUACACUUAACUGAACGACUCUUUCUUUUUUGGUUUCAGAUUCCUCUGAUGAAAGAUCCUGGCUGGAUCCGAAAUGUCUGGACUUGCAACCUGAAUGUGAGUUAUUUUUAUUCUAUUUGCAUUGAUUUCAUGGGCUGAUCUAAGAUUUGUAGGCAUUGCGUUCUGUGGUUAAGCAGGUGAGUUGUACCAUGCUCAGCAGAUCAAGAAUUAGUAGAUUCCACAUAAAACAUUAUGGGGUUUUCCCCUCAGCGGCAAUCAACUCACAUUCACAAACAAGGGAGAUUAGAAUCUGCAAAACAGGCAUGAGAAAGCCGCGAGCUAAACUUAUUGCAACCCUCCAUACUUAAGUUGUUUUCAAAACGAGUCAUCUGUGCCACCUCAUAUGGUUCUUUGUAUGGGCUGAUUAGCUUAUAGCCAACCACAGCCACUGUGUCACAUGGCAGGAGGGAAGCCUACCAGAGAAGAAACAGUAGAAACAGAUGUUCUCAGGUUAUAAUGCUAAUGUUAAGCACAGCUGGAAAAAGCCACAUACACUGGGAGGGGAAAAGCUGCUACUACAUAUCAGCAAAUAUGGACCUGCUUCAAAGAAGAAGAAGAAGAGUUUGGAUUUGAUAUCCCGCUUUAUCACUACCCAAAGGAGUCUCAAAGCGACUAACACUCUCCUUUCCCUUCCUUCCCCACAACAAACACUCUGUGUGGUGAGUGGGGCUGAGAGACUUCAGAGAAGUGUGUCUGGCCCAAGGUCACCCAGCAGCUGCAUGUGGAGGAGCGGAGAUGCGAACCUGGUUCACCAGAUUACGAGUCUACCGCUCUUAACCACUACACCACACUGGCUCUCAAAGGUUGAUCGAAAGUCAGUUUCAGUUUCUUUCAGUUUCCUGUUUCUCUUUUUCUUUUAAAUAAGUUUUAUUAGGGUUUACUGAGAAAAAUAUGAAGCUUAAUAUCAAAUAUCUUUCCCCCUUUUUAUUUGAACCAAGUCCUUGAUCUAACCACAGUGGACCCUCUAGUUAAAUACUGCUCUGGAUACGUAAGUUUCGGGUUGUGAACGUGGCAAACCUGGAAGUGUAUACUUCUGGGUUUCGCCCUGCGCGUAUGUGCAGAAGCGCUCUGCGCGUGUGCACAGAAGCAGCGCCUCUGCCUACAGACUUUUUGGGUUGCGGACGGACCCCCGGAAUAAAUUUAAUUCGUAUCCGAAGGGUCCACUGUACAGUAUAAUAAAAACAUAAAGAAAUAAAGAUGGGAGAAAGGAGUAGAAAAAGAGAGAAAUAGAGAACCACCCUUUUGGCUCCCCCCCCCACUACUCCACUGUUUUUGUCCCUCUACUUUCCCCCAGGAAAACUCGCUCUUUAACACUGGCUCAGAACAAAUGGCAAUUUGGGUUUUCUGUGGAUAACCAUUGGCUCUGAUUCAGCAGUAAAGAACAGGUUUUCGGAGGGAAAUCACCGGAGCAAAAAGAAAGUGAUUGGACACAGUAUUUUAAAGCACGGACCUGGGCCUGGAAAUGUGGCACAAAAGGAAGCCUGGGUGAGACCUGUGUUAGGGCUUAUCCACAAUUACCUUUCCUGCACUCUUUCUGAGCACAGUCCACAAUUUAAAGCUCUGUCUGAUCCCCCUUGUGUGUUUUGUUCCAGAGCUCUCCCCAUGAAAACCUGCUCUUUAAAGCUCAAUCAGAGCAAAUGUCAAUCUGCGGGGGGAAACCCAAAUUGACGUUGGCUCCGAUUCAGCUUUAAAGAGCGGAUUUUCACAAAAAAAGCUUGGGGCAAAAACAACAACACUCUGACACGGAGCGUUAAAGCAUGGAUCUCUGCCUGGACAGAACAGAGCAAAAUAUAAGUGUGGAUAAGCCCUUAGUCUGUUGCAACAAAGGGUUCUGUGGGACUUUAAAAACAUGCACAUUUAUUACGGUGUAAGCUUUUGUGGACUGCAGUCUACUUCAUCAGAUGCAGGAAAAUAUUAUAUUUGGCACACACAGCCACUCUCUGUCCAAGUCCAUGUGGAAAAGGGUGGUAUUCUUAGCUUGUGGGAUAGUGCAAGUUUUGGCUUGGAAUCCUAGGCACCCUUUAUUUGGGAGUCAGCCAUGCUAGAGACCGUGGAAAACUUCUGAGUAAACAGGCCCUGUAUAUUUCUUUUGUGGUUGUUCUAUGGUACUCUGGUAUCUAAGUAAUAGCUUUGGUGCUCUUAAGCAGGAUUAACAGUAUCAGGAAAUAUUUUCUUAUCCUUGCCAUGGGAAAAUAUUCCCUGGGAAAACAAAGGUUUUGCUUUAAAAUGUCUUUGCCUGGCAUGUACUCAAGGUGUCCUAGUUUCUUCACCCCCUCUUUGAUGUUGUCAGAAAGUAUUUUAUUUAAAACAAAAAGUUCAGGCUUGGGAGUACAGUGCAAAUAAUAGACUGAUGGCACUUGUCUGAAGUGGAAGGAAGCCACCCUAACCCCUCAAUCCCUCAGUGUUAGAGCUUUCAACAGUACUUCUGUUUUAUGCACGGUUCUGAAACACGGGUCAGCAUUUCAGCUCCCACAUACAUGUUGAGUAUUGUUACUUUUCCAGGUUUUGGGUGGGUGUAACUAGGGUAAGGUCACUGGAAGUGGGAUAUCUAGUCAACAGAGGCACCAGCUUCUCCAGAGGAUCAGGGAUUUUUAAAACCAUCAUCACCACUUAAAUAGAGAUAGCGCCUGCCUGAUAUGUAAUGAGACGGAGCUCCAAAGCGUAGCUACUGCCACACUAAAAAUCCCAAUUUGCGCUCUGUGCAGAACAGACCUGCUGAUGAGAUGGUAUCUGCAGAAGACUCUCUCUUGCAGAACCCAGUAAGCAGUUGGUGAGGCAAUCUUUUUGGUAUCCUGGUCCCAUUUUGUUUUAGACAUCUUGGUCCCCUUAGCCAACCCUCCUAGUUUUUUUGUUUUUUUAACGGGAGACCUGGAACAUGAAGUUCCAAUGGCUCCUCACUUUGGUCAUGGCAUGUGUCAUAAGCACACAGAUAUCCCUUAGUCUUAUUCCAGCAAACAUUACUUAUUCUCCCAUCUCCACUCCGUGCAGGUGGGAUUUCUUGUAAUCCUCAUUAUCGCAGCUGCCAAAGAUGGCAGCCAAUCAGGGCAGAGUUCCAACAGGAAAAGGAAGUGCUGAGCUGUUGCAUAGCAACGCUGGCGCUAGUGUUGACGUGCUUUCUUACUGCUGGAUGUCAGUGGUUCUUUUUUUUCAGUUUUCUAGACCAGGCUACAGAAAGGCACAUGCGUUCUCAACCUUAAGAAGUCGUAGUGGCAAGCUGUAGUGGAGUUGCGAGUCAGGGAAUGAUCUUCUUGGUGUAUACGUGCGAGGUAUCUGAAGGGUGUGAACUGCAACUACUGCCUGUACCAGAGAUGUGGGGCCUAUGGUACCCCAGGUGUGGUUUGACUACUACUCGCAUCAUACCAAAUCACUGUCUAUGCUGGCUGAAGCUGAUGGGAGUUCAGCAUCUUCUGGAGUGCCACAGGUUCUCCACUUCUGGCUCACCACCCUCUUUUAUCAGACAAGGGCUGCAAACCUAUAUCCACCUACCUGGGAGUGAGCCUCACCUACUUCUGAGUGGACAUGCUGCAGUAUAAAUUACCGUAUUCCAACAGGUCUAAAGAGUGUGCCAAUGCAAGAGUGUUGCUUGACGGUUUGGAAUCUUACCCCUGCCUUUGGGCUAAAGGGAAAGGCAGAAAAGCACUGUGGGCUGGAACCAGUUUUGCAGUUUGAAUUUGGGAGAGGUGGAGAGACUAAAGAGUUUUAGGUGGAGCCAGCUAAAACCAGGAUGCAGAAGCUGCCUGAGGUGUGCUGGGCUGUGACAGACAGGUUUUCUGUCUCCAGCUUCUAUAUUUGUUGGUAAAAAGAAUGAUAAAUGUCACUAUUAAGUCUUCAGUGAGGUCUUGUUCAAAAGGAAACUAACAAAAUACAUUGAAGUCGGUAUAGAAAUAAUGUAUAUAAAUGUCUGUUAGUAAAAAUAAACUGGGAGUGCUUUGUAUAAAAGGAAAGUAACAUAAUACAAAAGAGAACAUAAUUCAGAAUCUUACUCUGCUCCCACAGCUAAUGCUAAUUUAGAAGGAAGUACUUGUAAUCCACAGGUGGCGCUGUGGGUUAAACCACAGAGCCUAGGACCGGCCGAUCAGAAGGUCCGUGGUUCGAAUCCCCGCGACGAAGUGAACUCCCGUUGCUUGGUCCCUGCUCCUGCCCACCUAGCAGUUCGAAAGCACGUCAAAGUGGGAAGGUAAACGGUGUUUCUGUGUGCUUCUCUGGUUCGCCAGAAGUGGCUUAGUCAUGCUGGCCACAUGCUGGCUGUACGCCGGCUCCCUCGGCCAAUAAAGCGAGAUGAGCGCCGCAACCCCAGAGUCGGUCACGACUGGACCUAAUGGUCAGGGGUCCCUUUACCUUUACUUGUAAUCCUUAACUAGACCAGGAGUUAAAAUCCCAUUGAUUCUCUCAUUUUCCUUCCAUAUCUUCCCUUCCUCUCCUCACUCUCAUUGAAAGUACUUCUGAAAACAUCAUUGUCUUCCUGUGGAUGAUGCCACAAUGAAAGCUUUUAACCAUAGGGGUUUUCCUAAGACAGGGGCAGCUGGGAAGGGUGGAGGCCAGGCUUGAAGGAUUUAAGGGGAGAGGGGGCGUGGUGGAAGGAUGGAGAAAGAAUAAGAGCCUGGAAAAGAAAAGAUGGCCACCACACAAAUUGGGAAGCCUACACUAGGCUAAUUCAAAUGGAGAGCCCCAAAGAACUUAAGACACCCCCAGUUCUCCACCCUCAAGAAUCCAGGUGCAGACAAGCCCAUCCAGCAUGUCAAGUCUCCCAGUCAUUAUCAAUUACAAGCCGAUCUGAUGAACUAGACCAAGGUGAGAAUGCUGUUUGAAAUGGUAUAAAAUGAGAUGCGUAUAUGUCUUUUGUUGCUUUUAAGACAGUCAGGUUUGCCAGUUUCUUUUGGGGUGGGUGGGGGAACCAGCCCUCGUUCUUGGUAAUCUGAAACAAAAGUGAAGUGUAAAAACUUGGACGAUAGACACAUUCUGAAAGGGCACAGAACUAAAUAUAGUUCUGCUCUGGUGUUGCUUGCAUUUGAGAAUUUCUGCUAGAAAAAUGCCCCCCCUCCCAAUGAAGGAUUUCUCCCUGAAAAUGUGUUAGGUGUGGAAUAAAGCCCAUUUCUAGUAUCUGGAGUUCUUCCCCUCUUUUUCUGCAUGUAUUUAGAUAUGUCCAGAGCAGAACAACCUUUCUUAGAUAUGUGUUAUAUAUGUGAAGGUUGGAAAAAAACCUAUACAGUAAAUGCAAUCUGUUCUUUUGCAUGCCAUAGAUAACUGGAAUUGCUAACAGGUUCCUAAAAGCAAAUGCUUGAGAACCUCAAGGUCUCCUUGUGACACUAAUAUUUGUUUCUGAUUAUCUUCCUUCUUCCCACUUGUUUACCGCUUCUGUCCAUCUGUCCAGAUUUCUGGCAGUAUGUGUCUGUGCCUCUCACCUGUUUCCUGUACCGAGGUUGUCUUUGAGCAACCAGACUAACCAGUUCAAGAAAUCAUAUUGUAACUUCCAUGGCUGACCUAGCACAACAGCAGAAAUGCAGAAAGUGUGGUUGAGGGCAAAUGCAGAAUUUAUUUGACCUGUCUGCUUAUGCUUAUCUAUGCAUCUGGGCCAGCGCUGCUGGGUUAUGUUAGCUGAGAAGUAAAUCUCACUUGGUUGGAGCGAAAUUCUAACGUAUGGCAGUCAAUUUUUCAGAAGGCCUACUGCACGUAUGUGGAAAACUUAGCACAUUUUAGGUGGGUUGGGCAUGGAGCUAAUUGUAAGCUCCCAGCUCCACCUGCUUCCAUAUGUUCAGAAUGAUGCCUAAAUUUGUGCUUACCAUGUGUGCAUUCCGAUGCAUGGCAAAAUUUAGACACCAUUUAGACGUUAUGGUGAGUAUGUCAAUGUUGGUGAAUUUUGUGUACCUCUUAGAGGCAACUCUUAAGUUAUGGAGCUGAUUAGUGAAUGAAAGGGAAAGUAUGGGAAAAGUACAUGUACAGGAAGCAGAAGUUCAAAGUUGCACUCCCCAACAUCUCCAGUUAAAAGAUAUCUCGGCAGAACUGAGAAACAGCCUUGGAGACUUGGCCACCAGUCAAAACAGACAUCAGUGGGCUAGACAGAGGAAAUCGUGUGACUUUGUAAAAGCAGUGUUAUAUGAAAAUACUGGGUCAUUGUGGAAAUGGCAGGGUUUUUAGAACACAGAACGCCAGCAGUUAUUGAUCAGAAAUUCAGCUAGAGAAAACUUGUCUGUCAAAAAGAGGCUUUUGGCUUGUGAGGUUGAACCUAUUGCCAGAAAUGUCUGAUGAAUACAAACCUUUGCCUUCCCUCUGUAAAUGAAUAUCCUUGUGUAUGAAUGAUUGCUAGGAAAAUGAUAAAGAGUCAGCAAAAAGAAUCUUGAAGCGUUGCUCUGUGGGGAUACAGACACAAUUCCUGGGAUUCUAGCUGUCCCAGAAAGCAUCAUUCCAUACAGUCUGAGCGUUUUAUUUGAUAACAGAGGAAUUUUGCUCCAUCAGUAUCUUUAUAUUUGGGGAGGGGGGAGCAGGACAGUGGGGGCAGUGACCCUUCCUGAAUUUCAGAUCAUAAAAACCAUAAUGUAAGAAUAUAACAAAUGCCUUGCUGGAUCAGACCAAGGUUCCAUCUUCAUUCAGCAUCUCAUCAAUCUAAUUUUCCCACUUUAUUGUUCCAAAGCUAUUGUUAUAACGGGGCUUAAGGUUUCUAGCUAGAUAUACUCCUAACCUUUUUGGCUCACCACAGUUGUUAUGAACAAAUCCAGGCUGCCCUGCGUUGAUAAUAUUGCCAUAGUAGUCAGCUAAAGUAAGAUAUGAAGAGAAAAUUAUUGCAACAAAUGCUCUUAAAGCACACUAAUUUUCAAUUUACUGGGCCAUAAAACCUUCCUGUGUGCAUUCUUCUUCCCAUCCAUCCAUCUGAAAUGGCAGCUCUACAUCCACCCCUAAAAAAGAAGUCCUAAAAAAAGAUUACUUGCUGAAUUACUGAAUCACAUUUUGUUCCCUUACAAAUCUUACCAGAACCGAAUUCAGCAAUUCACCUGCUUGAUGGAAGCUAAUUUAAAAAUAAUGCCACGAUGUCACUUUGUAUAAGGUGCGUCUCCCCUAGUUUUUAAAGAAACAGGCCAGCAAUUUUGCUCCUGUCAAAGUUAAUAGCAAAUCUCCCAUUCAUUUGAGUGGUGCAGGAUUGCAACCAAUUAUCAUGAAUAACACAGGCAUUACCUACCCUGGAAGAUGCGGGUAUAAAAACAGGCUGGUUCUUGGUACAUAAUCUGAUUUCUACUGGUUCAUUAAAGCUUUUCCUGUUGUGAAGUGUUGCAAGAAUGUGCCUGAGUGCAUUGCAAAGGACAUCUCUAUAAAAUAGGCAAACUAAAACAAAACAAAAAAGAAUUAGGAGUACAGGAAGCUGUCUAUUUAGCUCAGUUUUGUCUACUACUCUGGCCGGCAGCAGUUAUCCAGGGUCUCAGGCAGAGAAUCUUGCCUGUCUGGUCUAUUUUUGACUGCUGAUGCCAGACCUUGAUACUAGGUAGACUCUACUGCUUGCCAAACAUAAUGCUGUACCAUUGAGCUAUGUGGCCCUUUCCUGAACCAUAAAUGUGAUUUAUUAAAGUUGAUUAUUUACCUAGGGACAAAAUUUAUGGAAGCUUGCUUGCCUCCUUCUUGACAAAAGUUGUCUUCAACUUCUGCCCUCAGAAGUCGGCACGGAAAAGUUGCAUUGCUGAUUACUGCACGGGUAUUGUUGUUGUUUUAAAAAACACCGUGCUGUCCCGUCCUUGUUUUGUUAUUUUUAUUUUUUCGAUGCGUGCAUGCAGCUCCUCCCUGCCUUUUGUUCCUCUGCUUUAAACAAGCGCCCCUGCCCACACACAUUCCUGUGAGCUUGGAUGAGAGGACAUCCCUCGUCUCCUUUCGUUCCAAGAUUGGCUGCGGUAGCUAGGAACGUGCGUCGUCUCUCACACCGCCCGGGCCUUGUUUUUGCUUCCCUUUUACACCAGGCAAGGGAGAAGCGAUUGCUCAAACGCGAAGCCAGCACGUGAAAGGGAGACACUCACAGCAACGGAAGCGGCAGGCAACUGUGUUAAAGGGUCGGCUGUCAAGCUUCCUGAACUCUCAUUUAUUAUAAUGAAUUUGCCAUUGAUCGCGACUCCUCGUCUCUCCGCCUUUUCUUUUCACCCAGACACGUGAAAGCACGAUCGUAGGUAUACCUACGAUCCUGUUGGAAGAGGCAUCGGUUGCAGAAACGCAAACAGGAUCGUAUACCCACGACCGUGCUUUCACGUGUCAAGGUGAACAACGGACUUCUGAGCACUUUGAAGAGAUGUCAGUUGCAGAAACGCAAAGUGCUCAGAAGUCUCUUCCUCCCCCCCGCACUGGUUUUUUUUUUUGGGGGGGGGGAAGGUUAAGGGAUAUGAACGUGAGAAAGCCACCAUCUUCCUUUUAAGCCAAACCCCAUUCAAAACCCAUCCUUUUGAAAUAAAUAUCCCUGUUUUGGGUAUGUACGCUGCGAAGUAUUCCGUUUCCAGAUCAUGUAGCGAAGGGGAGAGGCGCCCCCCCCCAUAACUAUAAACCCAUAAAAAUACAUAGUAAUCUGAGGUUCUGCUCCCCUAACAAAAGACCUCCCCCCCCCAAAAAAAAAUCCAGGCUACGCCCAUGCUUCAGAUUGGUUAAAUUCCCCUUUCGAAUUUAAUACCAGCCUGGGGACAAUGGUGUUUACGCGACACGUGCCUCGGAAACUCAUGCAAACAACAUUCCGAGGCCCCGCCCCCUUGCGUUCUGCCAGCAGCGCGCGGACCCGCCCCCCCCAUCCGCGUUCGGCUGAGGACACGCCGCUCCACGAUUGGCCGCGGGGAUCGCCUCAGAUCCCCUCCUCCCCGCGCUGAGUCACAGCGCAGCAGCCAAGCAAAAAGGCGCUCAAGGUUCUACGGGAAGGGCCCUGCCAAGGGGAGAUCCCGACGGCCAACUGCAGUCAGACAGACGUCCAGCAACCAUUCGUCAUAUUUCGCCUUGAUAGGCUGAAGGAGCGCGGUAGUGAGCAGUCCGACGAUAAGCUCGCCACGGCUAGCCCAAGCACAAAUCCAUAACACUCCUUUUUUUACUUGGUCUUUUUUGUUAGGGCUGUGUCUCCUUAGAACAGUUGUUUGGGACUAUAACUCCCAUCAUCCCUAGCUAGCAGGACCUGUGGUCAGGGAUGAUGGGAAUUGUAGUCCUAAAAAAACAGCUGGAAACCCACGUUUGGGAAACUGCUAGAACUUCGAUCUGAGCAUGUGCAGAGUACGUCUUCUUCACUUCUUCGAGUAGCAGUUGCAAGACUGUACACACCCGGAGUAUGGGUUGUGUGAGACUGUGCAAAGGAGGGUAGGGUUUUGACUGAUGUGCAUAGGAGAGGAUUUUGGCAGGUGUAGCUUAUCAGGAAGGUUUUAGACAUGAAACGACUCCAGAAAUUUGCAGUUCUCUGUGGCUUCUGGGAUGUGCAGGUGAUUCCAGGAAAGCGACUCCAUUUGAAAUUAAAAUAUUUUUCUGUACUGUAAAUGCUCUUGUGGGGAAAAAUAUGUUAUCUUUAGGUAGAAGAAAAACAACCCAGUAAAUAGGAUUAAUGUAUAGCUUUACUCCCAGUGGGGUGAUAUUCUUAAAUCAGGAAUAUAUAUAUAUAUAUAUAUAUAGGCAAUGCUUUGAUAUUCUGGAUUACGGAGCAUCUUUUUUUUUUUUUUAAUGCCAAGCACCAUCUGUUUAAACAAGUCAAAAAAUGCUGUCACCUUGGUAAUAAAACCAUUUUCAUAAGUGAUGCAGUUUUAUUGCUUAUAACCCGGAAGUCAUCACAAUAUAAAACACGGGAGAUUGACAUAUAACAAACGAGAAGAGAAAUACAAUUAAGUAAGUAUAAACCAAAGUGAAGGAGCAGCACUAUUUAAACUGGAUUGCAUCCCUUGUGAUAUGCAAUCUAUGCGCAAAUAGUGCUUACUUUUAAUUGCAUCUAUGCUGUCCUUGCAUCUGUAAUUUGAAUAUAUGAAUGGCAAUAACUAAUAAUGUACAUUUGAUUUCAAAAUAUCUCAUCAACCACAGUCAUUAAUCACACAUUCUGUAUCAAGGCUACUUAAUAUAGAGCCCACCAGUGUUUUGGACGACAACUCCUGUCAUCUCCAGCCAGAAAGAGCAAUGGUUAUGCAUGAUGGGAGUUGUAGUCAACAACAUCUGGAGGGCACCAUGGUGGCUACCUCUAUUCUGGACUAAAACAUAUUGUUAUUUAGGGCUGGCACCAGACUAGAGAAGGCUCUGGGAAAAUUACUGGGUAGUGAGUCAUGCAAUAUUACUUGGCUGUGAUGGCAGUGUGGGCGGCUGAGUUUAUAUAUUAUUAUUAUUAUUUAAUGUGUAUACCGCCCUUCAUCCGAGAAUCACAGGGUGCUUUACAGUAUAAAACCACAAAAAUACAUGCUAUACUAAACAAAACAAUAACAGUAACCCUCCCUCCAAAAUUUAAAAGGCUGUAGAUUAACCAAAGGCCUGGGAAAAGAUUUAAAUUUUGCACAAUGUCCCCAAGUGACACAAGUUUGGGGGCAUUGUGGGAAAUUACGAACGACUAGAUUUAGCCAGUCUGAUGCUGUUCAGAGUCCAAUAUAAGAGAAAAAAAGAGGUGGUUGGGAAGGUAAAUUUAGCACUUCAGUUGAUACCCUGAUAGCUACCUAAAGAUGCAAGAUGCUGUUAUUUGUGUCACUUGUAAAUGCUACAUUGGUUUAUUGUUGCAUUAAGCAACAGUCUGCUUAAUCAUGAGGUGACUGAAGUGAACUGAAAACAUGACAAGUAUAUAUUAUAUAUGUUCAGGUGUGUUGACAUAUUAUUCUCAACGAUCAACCAAAUAAAGAAGAUCUAAAACAAAACAAAACACCCCCCCCUUGUGAUAGCUAGAGUGCUUUACUUAAAGAGAUACUUACUUGCACAUCAAACUUUUAAGCUACUUGGGUUCUGGACACCCACAUUUCCAGCAGUGUCCAUCAUGAGGACUAUUUGCACGUAGGCCCAGGCUCUUAAACAAAUUAGAGCAUGGUUUCAGUGUUUUCAUAUGCUAAGAACCUGAUCAAUCCAGUCAUCCGCCAUAUAUUCUCUGAUGAUCAUCCCAAACAUGUUAUUACUGGCCGCAACAGAUUAGUUUCUGGCACGAAGGACUUUUAAAUUCCUUCAUCUUAUGUACAUCCUCUCACACCAGCCAUCUGAUGUUAUUCCCAUUUUACAGGUCAAGGAAAUGUGACCAAGAAAUUGCUGUUUGCCCAGACAGGUCUGUAGGGAUGCCCUCCAUACUCCUAGGCCUAUCAAAAACUGAUACCCUCCCUCGCUCACUUCUGAUGCUUUAGAAACAGUUUCCUGGUUAUUAUGGAGUUUCAAGGCUGCCCGCAAGUCAUCAGAUACCCAAGUCAUAAUAAUAGAUUCUGGCCCAAGCCACCAAUGUAAAAUAUGUGUGGUGAACAUGUGGUUCUCUGUGAUCCUGCUGGACUCAGACUCCAACUCCCAUCAGCAUGGCUAAUGGUGAAGGAUGAUGGGAGUUGUAGUCACAGGCUACCCAUCCAUGAUGAAAGGGCCUCACUAAAUAAGAUAGUGGAAAUUAGUGACUGAAUCCCUUGUUGCCUUAAAUUUUCACAAAUAGCUACACACACACACACACACAGAGUAAAACAAUAAAAUUCCUAGGUCAUUAACUCCCUAUCUGAAACCCUGUGGAGCAGAUAUUCCCCAUUCAGCUGUCCCCCCUCCCCCAUACAAUCCUUAAAAUAAAAGUUGUUAUCAGAAGCGGUAUGCAAAUAAUUUUAUGCCUCUAAAUUUCACGCACGGAUAUUAAUUUUAGAACUUUAGGAAAGUGAUUUGUGGGUGCCAUCACAAAAUGGCUGGCACGUUGGUGGGGGGCAACAUAGCUAGUAAAAAAAUGGCUGCCAUUGCCAAAACACUCACAGUAUUUACGACCACAACAAGAGGUCAAAACAGUAAUGUCUGCCUUAGUAAAACGCAGUAAAAAAGCCAGUGUUCUGUUCUAACCCACUUCACAGAAGGCAAGCCAAUCAAUUUCUCAAAAUCACAUCUCAAUAAAACUUUGUACUGCAUACAUCCUUUUUCUGCCCGGGCCCAUCUUUCCAAGGCCCUGAAUUCUCACCCCCCAACCCCUGAAUCCUCCAUUUUUUUGAAUGGUGGCAUUCAAUUAGAAUGGCCUUCUUUUCUUUUCUAUACUGGUGGCAUCUAAUUAGGACUGUAGACUAGAGAGACAACAUGGAAGAGUUCUAAUUGGACCGUCUGCUGGUAAUUUCCCAUAAGAAUUGCUCUUCACCUUCUCUCCAGUCUGCUGACCAAAUGUGCUUUUUAAAAAAGUGCUCAAGCAUUUUAAAGAGUUGAAGAUGACAUGCCUCUUAACACUUGUGCACGCUGAACUAUAUUUUGUGAAUCUCUGACACAUGGCAAACUGCAAGUGUCAAAUCAUUCACAAGAGCACUUCCGGCAAUUUAAGCCGGAAGAUUUAACCGUGAGAAAGGCAACUUGAGACAUAGUGAUCCUUAUGUGGAUGAGACCCAUUUCUCUCUCUCUCUCUCUUGGCUCUAUUUCAAUUUGUACGAAUUGAAAAAAAUAAAACAAAACCCGCAAACGACCGCUCUUACAGGAUCCAAAACCGCCGUGACAGACGCAAGACACUCACAAUUUUGUUUAAUGACUAAAACCCGGCUUGUUCGUUUCAGUUUGCAACCCAGAACCUCUGAUUUUAACUCUUGCAAAGCUCUCUGCGUCCAUUUCAUUAGGGUAACCACCCACCCGCAUUUUGGUGCAAUUUCGCAAGCGACAGACGGUUUUGCCACUGUUUUCAAUGCUUGCCUGUCAAAAAUCCCCAUGAAUUUACCAUGCUAGUUUGGGCCUGUCUGUUGUGGUCUAUGGCUUGCAGCAAACUCCUAUCUACACCUGCAAGAUAUAGCUGGAGUGGGGUCAGAAGUGGGGCAAAUAUAGGAAGAUGCUUCCGGUAGAUCUAGCCUUGGGUAACCAUAACCACAGCUGUUGCGAUGGAUGUCCUGAUUUCUCCCUUGAUCCCCCUUCCUGCCUCCCUUCUCAAGGUCCCUCCUACAGGGCGGUUACCAGGCUGCCUAUGUGGGAUGAAUUGACAUUGCUGCAGCAGCCUGUUUGCAUACAAAGCAAGGCUCUGGCCGGUGCCUGACCUGCCGCUGCCUAGCUAGCCUCAUCCGAAGCCCUUCAUUGCUGCGGAGGAGAAGAGCAGUGGCAAGGCAGCUGUCUCUCUGCCUCCCUUGGGGAAAGUUGCUGAUGUUUCUCACGGUUGACAGACGGUGCAAGGACAGGUAUAAAGCUGACGAAGGAUUUGGGGGGCAGGCGGGGGGAAGUUAAGGAGAUGGGUUAAGUAUUGGGGGAAAUAGUACUAUUGUGGCAAUUCUGUAGGCCGCUGGAUUUUUACCUGCACAAUGUUUUGCUUAAGAUAGUUGCAAUUUUUCAGCUUGGGGACAAGCGGCCCUUUGUCUCAUACUGUCUUGUUUUUUGCCUAAACGGAGUCCUGGAAAAGUACACGUUUGUCCGCCAGGACCAAAUCUCUCUGCCACAUAUAUUUUGGAUAUUAAUCUGCAUUUUAGCAAGAGCUCGCAUCCUAAAAUAGCCGCAGUGGGUGAAGUGGCCUUUCCCCUGAUUCUUUGGGUUGAUGACUUAAAAUGACUUAUCGAGGGGUAUGUGGCGGCCAAGGCUCUGAUGCAAGGCGGUGGGGGGUGGGAAGAAAGAUGCGAGUACCCUUUUGAGCAUGCCUAUGGUGGCAAGUGGCAAAAAAAAUUGCAGGCCUGGCAUAGAUUUUAGGCCUCUGUGGAGCCUCAUUGGCGAGAAGAAAAGGGUUAAAUGUGAAUUCAGACACUCUGUCUCUUGUCUUCCUGUUUGCUAAACUGCUGUCUUGUGUAAAAAGACAGGCUCUUUUGGCCUCGGGAAUGGAGAGUUGUGUGACCAUUUUGAAGUUUAAAAUCAGGUUUUGUAGCAGUUGUUGUUGAUCUGUGAAACCCGGCUAAAAGAAUGUGUUGUACUGCCACUUUUUCUUUUUUUUCUUAUUGGUCUCUUUAUCUUUGCUAGUGCAUAUUCUGUUUUAUUGCACAAUUGUCUGAUACAGAUGUGCUUAGACAGUGUUGCUAAACCCAAUGUUAUUUGUGGGUUUUGAACCUCCGAGCUAUAUAUUCACUCCCAUUUACUUUUAAACAGUGCUUUUUGUCCUGGGGUACGCAUACCCAGAAACAUUUUGUGACUCUAAGUUUGGCCUCAUUGAGGGGCAAUAUUUCAAUAUGAGCAGGAAAAUGAGAGUACCCCUAAACAUUUUUUUAGAAAAAAAGCACUGCUUUUAAAUACCUUUUCUUUGGCUUCAAACAUCUGUAGAGAGACUUCAUGUUUCACGCACAUACACAUACAUGCACGCACUUGUUUAUCAGUAUUACAGAAAGGGAUGUAAUCAAAGCCUCUUUAGUCCUUAGGUGAGGGAUUGUUGCCAACAGUUCUAGUAUAAAGUCAACUAAAAUAUUUCGGCAUGAUCCCCCUAAAGUUGUCCCAUUGACUUCAUUUGGAACACACUUAAUUUAACUGUUGAAAUCAGUGGGACUUUUUUUUUUUUUUUUAAAGUGCUUACCUUUGAUUGGAAAUCCCCUUUUUUUCUUUUGGGAAAAUUCAUGUAGAACUUGGAGAUAAUUUAAUUUGAAAAACAUUACCGUUUCCUAAAUAAAUCAUUUGCUUCUCACUGAGGAAAAGAGGGAUAAGAUACCCUUUUCAGAUUCUAUGUUUGAAUUCAACUGUUUAUAUUGAAAUAAAUUAAACCACAUUAAUUGGAUAGUACAUAUAUAAUAAAUUAUCAUAAUUAGACUGGCCCCCUUUUUCAUAAUGAAAAUCGAAAUAGGGAUGCUUUUUCUGUAUUUUAGAGACAAGUUCCACUGGAACCAAUGGGGCAAGUUAAUGGCAACUGUCAUAUCCUGUUGAGAGUCUGUGGUUAGACUGGGGGAGAUAAGGUUCAAAGUUUACUGGAUUGUUAGUUACAGUACUGUCCUGUCCUGCAAACUGACACAGCUGAGAGAGUUGCUGACAUCAGAAGAAUGGUAUUGGUCAAUCUGGAAUGCCAUGAACUCUGUUUUUUGAAUCUCAUGCUUUGAUUUUUACUGUAAAUAGAGUUUCUCAUUGGAGAUUCAGCAGGGCAGAAUUCGGAAAGAAUCACCACUACAAAAGUCCUUUAAAGAAAAGAAUUGGGGAACUGUCCUUGAUGGACUGUGCUCCUGUUUUCCAUUCCAAAUGUAUUUAUUUAACCAUUUUUUGUGGGUUUGGAGUGGCCUUCUUUGUGCACUCAAAUAUGUCUAAACAACGCACAAAGAGCCCUUUUGGAAGCACUUGGGACCGUUAGGGGAUUUUGAAAAUGUUAGUAAUUUCAACCAUGCCCAUACAUGCUUUAAAGGUUGUUUUAUCACAUUGGUAAACAAAGGCAAAUAUUUGAACAACGGCAUUCUUGUUUGAUACAUGUUUUGGUGUUAGAAAUGGAACUGUGCAGAAGUCAUCUGGGAUCUUUACAAAGUUAUUUCAGGUGCAUAACUGGUCUUCUUUUAUCAGCAGUGUUAAGGCUUGUGGCACAUCAUCAUACACAGGGCAAAGGCAUGCUUAGAAAUAAGAUAGAAAUUAAUUUCAGGCGUGAAUAAUUUGUGAUUGCGGGUGCUGAGCUUUCCUCCUGGGGAACAUCCUUUGCUGGAAAAGUAUCUUUUUCCUUUGGCAUUGACUUUUGUCUCUCUCUUCUUAAGCCAUCAGAAUGAAACACUCCCUCCCACAGUUAAGAAAGUGGAUGCCAUUUGUGAGGAUGAAUUGGGCAGGAAAAUGGGACCAGGCUAUGAGGGGUGGGGUCCUGUGUACUGGUGGGUCCUAUGAAUUAUGCAAGUUCUCCACUUGUUUAGGUAUGCUCUUUCUAUUCUGUUUUGUUCUAUGGAAAGGGCGAAUGAAAGCAAAGUGCUUUUUAUCUGUCACAUUAUCUAUGAUUGUAUUUCUAAAUUCCAGACACACCCCUUAUUUAACCGCUGGAAAAUAAACAGACUAAUAACGUCUCAAUGAAAAAAAAAAUCUUUCUUUCUUUUAAGACUCGCUAUUGUUCCCCCAUGGAGCUGUCAGCUCUCUCUGAAAACUGAAACUGUUCAUUCAAAGUGAGGAGACAGUGGCAAUUUCAAGAUUCCUUACCCUUUCUUGUAAAUUGAGGAGCAUCCAGUUUGCUUUAGGAAACAAAAGCAGCUUUAGGAAAACGAUUCCCAGAUCUUCUACUUUUCUGCCUGUCCUCAGUAUUUCUGCAUGUCGGAAUAGUAAAAGCACUUCCGUGCUAUGCUUCAAUUAGCUGCUUCCUCUUUGACACAAAUUGUGGUUAUUCUGACAUCUGAAUCUGGCUUGUAAGUUCACUAGCCAAGCCAGGGCUGCAAACCAUGGUUUCCUGGAUCAUAUGUAAUGGCAAACUAUGGUUUGUACCAAAUAGGAAUAAUUUAAAUCAGAAUGUGUGAGAAGAGUGGCUGUGGCUUAUUGACAAACCAUGGUUCAGCUCUCCGCCUGAACUGAACCCAUGUAAUAAAAUCAGGUUUCCUGCCAUGUAAUGGUGUGGAAAGAUGCUUUACACAGCACUGUCAUGUUGUGUGUGUAUUUAGGGGCAGGCAUGUAUCUCAGUCACAGAGCACAUGCUUCGGGUGCAGAACGGUUUUAUUCCUGCCAUCUCCAGUUAAAAGGACCAGGUUAGCAAAUAGUGGGAAAGACCUCUGCCUGAGGCUCUGGAGAGCCAGUUCCAGUCAGAAAACAUGGACAAAUAGCCUGACCAGACGUAAUGCAGUUCCCCAUGUCCCAUGUAACCAGCCAACAUAGUAUAGAAGAUCAUUGGAUGACGUCUUCGAAGGACUGCCUCCUCAUGACAUGAGCUUGCCCGCCCACUGCACUAUUCCUCAAAAGCCUUGAUCUGUUUUCCACUGCCAUCAGAGGUUCAUCUGGAUGAUAAUGCAUGACAGAAUCUUUUUGGUUGUGGCACCCAGAUUACAGAACUCCUUUACCCAGGAAGCCUGGUUGGCCCCCUCCUUUUUGGCUUUUCGGCGUCUGGUAAAUAUUUUCCUGCUUUGCAAAGUUCCUGUUUUGGAUUCUCUAAAGCUUUUCUGGUCCCUUUUGUGGAACUGUAUUUUAGGUGGCUCUGGAUUUUUUUUUAGUUCAUUGUUCAUCUUGUAGCUUUAAUUAUUAUGUUUUAGGCUGAUGAUUUGUUUUGGGGAAGCUAAAAGGCAGACCCCGAAUGAUCUUGUAACUAGUAAAUAAAACAAUGUCAGUUCAUUUCUGUAGGUCGGUCUUGUUAUCUGUUAUCUGGUGAUUUUUAUCCUAAAGCCUGAGUGAAGAGGGCAGAACAAACCAUUGAGAAGAUCUCAAAAACCAUAUUGUGUCACUUUUAUAAAUUGCAAAAAGAGGAAGAGUAUAGUUCUUUCAGUGGGGUCCCAUUUUUUCAUUGGAGACCACUGCUCUAAAAUGUAUCAAGCUACGUGCAUUAUCUUGUUCAUCACUUUUGAUAACAAUGCUCACAAAUUUACAUUGUUGUAUUUCGGGUCUAAACCUUUUCUAAACAUACUUUGUGAACGCUGUGAGUUUGAACGAAGCAGCUAUUAUGGUGGAUACUGUCAAGGCAUGCAGCAUUUAAUCAUCAUUUUGAAAAUACUCACCCAGGGAAUGUUCAGAAUGAAACAUUUCCUUCCCUUCUGCAUGGCUUUCUGAAUUGUGGAUAGAUUUAUGCUUAAUCAGCUUUAUUGGCAAAGAAAAGCAUAUAGGAUAAACACAAUUCAGAAGACUUGUAGAGGAGUUUGUGUUUAAUAAUGCAUGCAACAUUGAUUUUGUGGAAAGAAAACCCAAGAAGGAGAGAGUGGUGGUCACGGACUAGCACAGAGUUAAGGAUAUCAUUAUCUUGCUCUUUCAUUCUGACUGGAUUUUGCUAUGUAUGUUGGGGCAGCUGUAACCAUUGAUGUGACUGCCCUUACAUUUAGGAGAAUUCUGUGUGCCUCAGCCACACAGUGAAAGGGAGAAUGUUAAGGGAGCCAAGGUUGUAGGCAUGCUGUCAAAAGUACCAAGCAAAAGUGGGUUGCCAGGUCCUUUGAGAGGAGGUCUGCACAACUUGCGAUCUAUAUGUUAAUGACUGAAGAACUCUUUCCUUCCUGAUUAGUUUUUGUCCCAUGUUGUAUCUGUUUUUUAAGCAUCUUAUUUUGACUUACUGCCCUUCUCCCUCAUGUCUGCUCCUGUUUACUGUUCUUAUUAACAAAAAAAUAAUAUUCCUCUCCCCUCAAAAGUUCUGUUGUGAUCUACCAAGCAAUAUACGGUAGGCCACCACAAGUUUUUAUAGGCUCCAUACAGUGGUGCCUCGCAAGACGAAAUUAAUCCGUUCCGCAAGAGUCUUCGUCUAGCGGUUUUUUCGUCUUGCGAAGCAAGCCCAUUGACGGAUUAGCGCUAUUAGCGCUAUCAGCUGUUUAGCGGCUAUUAAAGGCUUAAAGGCUUAGGGGAUUAGCUGCUAAAAGGCUAUUAAAGGCUAUUAAAGGCUUAGCAGAUUAGAUAAAGGGGGAAAAGCGAAAAAAAUCUCUAGACUCGCAAGGUAUUUUCGUCUUGCGAAGCAAGCCCAUAGGGGAAUUCGUCCUGCGAAGCAACUUCAAAACGGAAAACCCUUUCGUCUAGCGGUUUUUCCGUCUUGCGAGGCAUUCGUCUUGCGGGGCACCACUGUACUUUACCAAACUGUGGCUGCGAAAUCCGGGUUUUCCAGCUGCUCACUGGUUGCAAUACAUGGUUUGUGGGUCGCAUUUGAUUCUAUAAACAUGCUCAAAUAAACUUAUUCUACAGAAUUUCUGUGUAUCAAUUUUCAUGCUGAAGGUGCACAGACUUAUUGCUGGCCUUCUGUAACGCAUUAGAACUUUCACAUUUUAUCUGCUAAAAUGUGAAGCUGUUUUUAUAACAAAAUCAGGCCAGUGGUCUUUCUUGCUCAUUGUUACUAUUUUAACUGCCACUGGCUAUCCACAGCUUUUUUCGUUUUGCUAGCCCUGUUCCCCGAGAGCCAUAUUUUCACAUGCUGGAGAUGGAGCCCAGGGCUUCAAUCUGCAUAGAAAGAAAGCAUGUGAUGUUCUAUUGUGCCAUGAUGCCUUUUCAGUGCAAGAGAUAAGUACAGACUAAUCUACCGUAUUUUUCCAUGUAUAAGAUGAUGCCCUUUUCUUUAAAAAAGAAUUAGGCAAAAAUUGGGUGUCUUCUUAUACACAGAUAGUGAAUGCAGAGGGGGGACGUGCAAUUAAUGGCAGCUGCAAUCAGGAGAUUGGCUGCGGCGGUUGGGUGGGUGAUUGGUGGCUGCGGCAAGGUGUGCGAUUGGCAGUGGCUGUGGCAAGCAAUCGGCAGUGGCAGGCAGGCAGGUGAGCGAUUGGUGGAAGUGACCUCCCCCCCCCCCAAAGCUAAACAACUUAAUUUCUUAAUUUUGGGUGAAAAAAAAUUGGGGGCAUCCUGUACACGGAAAAAUACGGUAUGUCACUUCCAGACAGUUGCUAUUUUGUGGGUGAGAAUUCAGCAACAUACCAGCAAAUUCAGGUUGCACAACUGAAGCAGAGUUGGCAUCCUUUCACAACAAACCUGCUUCCCCUCCACCCCAUUUCUGUAGUAAGGAAAGUGACUGGAAAAUGAGCUGGAAACCAAUUGCUUGGUGCAACAAUACUGUACAACUUCCCUGCAAACAAACCAGAGAAUGAAUGCUCAAUAAACAACCAAGGAGGUAUAAUCUCCCCAUGCACUUUGUUCAAAAACAUCAGGAUAUAUGUUCCCAGGUGUGUGGAAGGGAUCCUAGGAAUGUAUUACUGGUCACUGGCUCACUGGAAUACAUGGAGAAGAUGCUACUGUUAAGGUCUGAUUCUCACCCCCUCUCCCCAAGUAUUGGAAAUAUGAAAAAAUGUGAACGAGAAACGGGGACCAUCUUGUCUUUGCAAACGUUCAUUUGGGAGCCUGAACUGCUUGUGGCUUCUUGUUGAGUGCUGUUUUCGUGGCAAACGACCAUGUGUGAGGAAAGUCCUCAAGUUGCAAGAAGCUUUUCCAUGCACAACUUCUUUCAGGUGAUGGCGUGAAACAUCCCUCCCUGAUUUUACAGAGCAAAUUCCGUAGUUCACGCAUUGCAUGAAGAAGUACUUUCUUUCGAUUGGAAAUUUAAAGGGAAACCCCAGAGAGAAAUGUAGGUUGCAGGCUGACAGAAUACAAGUAGCCCUAUAUUUUACUGAGUUGGUUUGGUUUAUUAUUAGCACUCCUGCUUGUGAGAUACCAGCAGGCAGGCUUUCUAGGAUCAAACAGAACAAAAUGUGUCAUGCAGACCACAUACAUUCUCCUUAGGAAUUGGGGAACAUUCCUGGGGACGUGAAUAUUUCACUGAGAGCUAAUACAUACUUCAGCAAGUUGCAAAUGCAGUUUUAGCACUCACAUUCUCUGUUCCCAGCACCCCUGACGCUUGAUUGGCAUUUACCAUGGAUUGAGCCUUUAGUGUGGCAGCCUUUGUGUGCUCUGUGGAACUCCUUGCCGGUAGAGGUUUGGCAGGAACCGCUCCUCCUUUCUUUCAGGGGUCUUUUGAAAACUUAUAUUGUUUCAACAGGCCUUUGCUUUAUGAACAUUCUCUCUUUAACCAGUCAGUAUUUCACUGGUGUUUUAUUGAUGUUUCUCAUGAAGUUUUCAUGGAUGCUUUUGUUGAUUUUAUUCAUAUUUGUUGUCUGCAACUCUGAUAUAUGAAACAAAGAUACAGAAUUAAGCUUUGGCUGGGAUUCUCGUGGAUCUAUUAUACCCAUUAGGAGAACGCUAAUUUUGUAAAUGACUCUUGUCAGUCUUUUUUUUUUUUUUAAAGCAAAUAGCAAAACAUUUCUGCUAUCCCAACCUGUUGUGUCGUGUGUAUUGGCAGAGCUGUGCUUUUGUGUGUUUGUGUGGUGGGGGUAGGGUUCCCAGCCAGAUUUUGAUAAUUAUCAUGACUGCUGUUUCCUUUGUUUUUUCAUGUGCUCCCUUCUAUUCUGUUUUAUGAUGACGUUUGUUGGUUUCAAUUUAUAUUGUGUUCUAUCCUACCCUGGUAUCGCACUGCGAUGAAGCGUGGGUUAGAAAUAUUUUUAGUUGAUAACAAAAUCAUCUCAACCUAACAGGUGGGCCACUACAGUGACCCUCACUCUGCAGAUGGGGAGGCGAAAGGCUGAGGGGUCCUUUCUUCCAAAAAGGAGCCCUGUACACUGGACGGUAUUCAUAUUUGUUUCCCUCACAACAUCACUGUGAGGUAGAUUAUUUUAGGACUUAAAGACCGCUCAGAGAUCUUGCAGCGAACUUUGUAACUGAGCAGAAAUUUGGAUCCAAGUCUCUCAAGACUUGCGCUCUAAUCUCCUGGAUUUACUUAGAGCUACCUAAAUGUUUCAACCAGAGACCUAAGUGAGUUAAUGGUUGUGGUGAGAUGUGAAUCUGGGACUAACUGGCUCACGUUCCUCUGCUUGAAGCUUCAUGCUAUGCUGGGGCAUUGCUGGGCAGCUCUUGAGGAAUGUGGAUGUUGUCUUUUUAACUUUCCGUUGCUCAUUACGUUGCCAAAUAUCUUGACACGCUGAAAUGUCAAGGCCGUUCAGUAGACUUGGAUUGAUUCUAAGUGCAGUGCUAUCAACUGUGAGCCCGUCUUAAGCUGAAAUCCUGUACACACUUCCCUAGGAGUAAGUUACAUUGUAGACUACAACCCAAGGGCCACAUUAUUUUCUGGUCAACUUUUUAGGGGCCACCUGACCAGGAGCAGGUGAGGUUACCGGCGAAAGCGAACAGAGCAAGUACUGAAUCUUACCUGUUUGUAGGCUAGUUCCACCCAACACUCUCUAGCCUGCAAAAAAGAGGCAUGGCUGGAGUUUCAGGACACAUUCGAGGCAUGCGAAAACACUUAAGGAGGGUGUGAGGCCUAGGGUGGCGAGGGGUGUGGCUCAGGAAAACAGGAGGAAAUCUGAUUGCCACAGAAGUCAGUGCUUUCAACCAGCGCAGAGACAAGAGAGGAGUGCCAAAGAAGUGUCAUCUGUGGCAAUUGGGUUUUCUUCCUCUGUCCAUUGGGGCAGAUUUGGGGGUGAGAGAUGAAACCGUAAGCCUUUGCCUCUGAUGCCAUUCUCUAAGAGAUCUCACCAGAAAACUUUGGGCAGGGAAACUCCACACUCCUGUGGGAAGCCAGUAAGCUAACCAGUACUCCUCAUGGAGGUGGGGGUGGUGUAGGAUUUGGCCCAAGAGCCUUCCAGAGUCACCUUAGGUUGUUUUAUAGAAUAUUUUUGGUCUUUUAUUUUCUACAGUUGCCAAAUGGUCUUAAUGUGUCCUACUUGAUUCUGAUGCUUCCCUCUGUCCUGUUUUCCUCUCCAGGCACAAACCAUGAAUUACGUUGGGCAGUUAGCAGGCCAAGUCUUUGUGACUGUGAAGGAGCUUUAUAAAGGAUUAAAUCCCGCCACAUUGUCUGGGUGCAUAGAUGUCAUCGUUGUCCGCCAGCCUGAUGGGAACCUCCACUGUUCGCCUUUCCACGUGCGCUUCGGAAAGAUGGGAGUUCUGCGUUCGAAGGAAAAAGUGGUAGGGGGACAGAAGAUGUCUUGACAUGCUUUUUGUUUUGUCAGUAGCUCCCUCUUCACACAAUAUAUUGUGCUGGGGGCAGGGAUGUUUUCAUCCUAUGCACUUUCAGGACCACAUUUGAUGAUACAUUGCAUGCACAGUGAUGUGUGUUAGUGGUUACUAGAACCACUUCAGCUCAGGCCCCAUGACAGCUCCCAGUGGGCCUUGUUGGCUGAGCUCUGGAAGAUGUUGUCUCAGCAAAGGGCCAGAGUCAUUUGAAAGCUUAAGAAGGCCAGUCAAGGUCUUCUCUUCCAGUGGCUUCCCCCAGCCCACCAGGAGGGUUGGCUGAAGCCCUUCAAGGGCACAUAUAACAUACUCCUGCAGGAUUGUGGAUCAGGAGAAGCUGUAGGAGAGUCGCCACCAGAGUCGAGGCAUGAUGGAAGAGCCAUGCCCUUAGGCUGGGGUAAUGUAGAAGGUGGUGCUCAGUAUGGUGACUUGUGAGUCAUCUGAGUUUGAGUCCUUCUCAUGGAGACACUAAGAUGUAGGUGAAGAGACAGUACAGUGCAUAUAUCUGUAGUUGUGGGGUCCCUGUUCCAGACUGGGAUAGCAGCUUCCUUUCUGGGCAAAUGGUCGCUUUGACUGGGGUGGGGGACAUUUCCAUCAGGUAGUGUUAGAUCCUCCUCCCCAAUCUUCACACUGCAGUCCCAGUCUCAAAUUUCCACCCCCAGCUGCCAUGGUAAAAAGGAAAGCACAGGCAAAUGUCAUUAUGCAAGUUAAUGUAUCGUCUGCUUUGGCCCUCUGGGCAGAUCUGUGAUGCACGUGCUGGAGCACUGACUCCCCACAAAAGAACCAUGGGAACUAGAAUUUUGUGUCCUCAGCACUUUCACCAAACAACAAAACCCAGGGAGGUGGUAAUUAUUGUGUGUCAGAUGGGUUGUUUGCUCACAGAUUCGGUUUUGGUUUUUUUGGAUAAGGCCUUUUAUCACUGGGAAGGCCACUGUUUAUUUACAAUACUGAGCCUAUCAAUGGGCAACGUAUGACCUUAAGCACUUUUAUGGAUUCAAUAAGGAUUCGGUGGGCUUAAGCUUAUCUCUUUCGCUGUUGAAAAUGUCACUUAAAAUUGCUUAUUUGGAGCUCAGUGGCUCCGGGGACCAGGAAGUUGGUUGAUGCUUAACUUUCGUUAGAUCAGGCACAUGCCACUGUGAGGUGUUGCAUAUGACAAACCUCUAUUUUCUCCCUCUCAGCACCUGCCCCCCCCAAAAAACCAUGAAAUAUGGGGAUAAUAGUACUGAUGUCCCUUACAGGGCUGCUGUAAAGGAUUGCGAGAUAAUGUGAAGUACUUUCAUCACUUGAAAAACCUUACAUGAAUGUUAACUAGGAUGAUGUGAAUUAGCCCUUUUCACAGAUAUAAGAGAAUGUUCAUUCACACGCUAACUCUUCCGGUGCUCUGCAGUGAAAUUAUAUUGUUCAAAAGUCUUUUGCCCUCCCCAGGUUGACAUAGAAAUCAAUGGAGAAUCUGUGGAUUUGCAUAUGAAAUUAGGGGACAACGGAGAAGCGUUUUUUGUAGAGGAAACUGGUGAUGACCAGGUAAGACGAAACUCCGCUUCCCAAACAUCUUUCAUUUCUGAUAAAUUAUGGUUACAGCGCAACAUCUGUAGUGGAUCAUCAGACCCCAAGACUGCUAUGCCUUUAAGAGAUCCAUUAUAGGGAGAAGGCUGCUAGAUCUGAUUUCAUUUACAGUUCUCCAUUUCUUGCACCAUUCAAGACUUGAUUUACACACAGUGACAGAUGGAGGAAGAGGGUGGAUGGCAAAACCUAAAGGCCAGUUCACAUGACCCCAUUAUUUCUGUAGUGAUUCCGUUUGUUGCUGUUUGCAUGUAGCUGUCAUUAAAUGGAACGUUUCCCCAUCUGAUUGUCUCUUCCUCACCCGCUGGCAGUAUUCAUUGGCAGAGGAAAGCUUGAAUAUUGUGAGACUGCUGGCUGUAUAAUUGAUGGUUAUCUGAUUGUGUGAACUGGCUGUUUUUGGUAGCAAGGCAUUCAUUGGCUUGGCUGAUUUGCCUAAAGCCAAGGUGAUUGGAUUUCCAUUACUUUCCUGAUCUGUGCCUCUGAGCAUGCUUUCCCCAAAAGGAAAAAAAAUAAAAAAAAUCAAGCAGGGCUUCCAUGUUCCUGCUGCAGAACUAGUCAGUGCAAGAGUAUAUAGCUUAGUUUCUCUGCACAGAGAAAGGAGCCAGUUCCAGGAAGGGGAGCCCAUUCUGGCACGUGGGACAGCUCUUGACAGUUCCAUAGCACGUAUCUUGCAUUGAUUCCAUGAUUGAAGCUGAUAUCUUAUAUAUACUUAUUUAGUCCAAAGGGAAGCACUUCCAUAAAAGCAUGGUGAGAAAGGAUUCAGCUACAUUAGAAAAAAACAAACAAAAAACCCCAAUGAUUUGAAUGUGUUAUAAAAAUGCAGCACCAGAUGGCGCCAGAGAGCACAAAACUUUUCAAUAGUGUUUUUACAUAGGGUUUCUCCCCCUUUUGUUACAACAAUUUAAUUUCUGACUUUUUUAUAGCGUUUCCCACCCCCUGCAUGUAGAACCACCUAAAUAACCUAAAUGAAGCCUUAUGCUUUGCAAAAUUUGAAAGAGCUACAAGGUGGAGUACUUAACUUAUGUGAAGCUUGAGGUACAUUUUGGGGCAUAUGUUUGUGUGUGAUAAAGGAUAGAUUAAUCUUCACAAAUGUCAAAGGAAAUGAAAUAAGGAAUAUCAAGGGAAAUAAGACGCUGUUUUGUCUCCUCCCUCUUUUUUCUAGGAAGCAAUUCCGUACCACUUGGCUACAUCUCCCAUUCUUACGGAGGGAACAGCUCUCAUGGAGUUACAGCUGAAGAGAAACUCUGUGGACAGGAUAAGAAACAUGGACACUGGAAGCAGUUCACAGCUACCAACCUCUGUUUCUUCAUCCGCUGUUGAGCCCACUUCUUCUAGUUGUUCUGUGAAGAAAAGGAGGAAACGUAGAAGGAGAUCUGCCCACAAAAUAGACACUUCAAAAAGAGAUGAAAAUGACGAUACCACUGAAGAUGAAAACAUGUUCCCUAUAGAAAUCAGUUCCGACGAAGAAAAUGAGCUUUUAGACAAUACAAGGUAUUGAUCCUGCUUAAACUCAGAGAAGCGAUUUAUUCAGAGGCAUUAAUGUUCUUUAGGCAAAUACCUAUGAAAAGACGUCGUGUGGAUUUCCUGCAGCAUGAGAAUGAUUGGAUACUUAUGGAUUUUAUUCUGGACAAAGUUUUCUCAUAUUGCACAAAGUUCCUAUAUGCAUACUUGCUCCAAAGAGUCAGUGGAUUUAAAAGAGAACUGAAUUCACUUUAGGAAGUAGAAAAAGUUUUCAUCAUGAGUUCCUAGCCCAGGGGGUUAAGGAAAUUUAAGGAACCGCUAAUUUCUGACCGCUAGAGUUGUGUUUUUUGUUUCGUUUUCCAACUUGCGCUUCUUAUCAGAAGCAUCUGGAUUUCCAGUCAUUUUGAGAUGACGUUUGAGCGUAACAGUUCUUAGAGAAGGGAAGUAGUUUUCUCCUUGCCAGUGUUGCAAUGCUAUUCUAGCUCUGAACGAGAGGUUGUUGGUUUUUUUAAAAAACACACACACACACAAAAACAAAACUAAACCUCUUUUCCUCUCUUUGUUCGUUUAUACUCAGAACAUCUGCCUCUGAUCUUUGUAGAGAUGAAGUGCUUGAGAUAAAUACAUCUUCAAUCAGUGUGCUCCCUCACCACCAUUCGGAUGGAGAAUGGUCCCCUUCACCAAGGUACGGUAUGUGUUAACUGGAGUACCUCAGGCAGUCUUCUGUGCUAAGUGCCUUCGUCCAGCAAGUUCAGACACUGUGCAGCAGUUGAAGGGAGCUGAGCUCCUCCCACACUUGUAACAUUCAUGAAAUGAUUGUAUAUUUCUGGGCUCCGCAUAUGCACACCCAUAAUUAGGAUAAUCAAGCAUUCCAGGUUUCAUCCAAGACGUUGAGCUGGUUUGUGCCCGUAACACUAAGCCAAACCAUGCCUUAGCAUGAAUGUGAGGGUUCCUGGAGAGCACAUUGUGCUCCUUUCCUGGUCCUCCUGCUGCCGUAACUUCAUCCAUGGUUUGGCUUGGUAUGUCGUCUUGAACUGCCUUCAGCCAGAGUUCAGCUUGGUGCUAUGUGCAAGCCAACUCAUUGAGUGCUCAGCUACCUGUUACACAUGAGUGUGUGUAAACCACUUCUUCAUUUCAGAGCACAGGAAGAGGAGUAGAUUUGGAGUAGAGUUUCAGGGUCAAAGUGAAAACAAUCCCUGCCUGUUUUUAGUCCAACGUCUCUCCUGCAACUGAUUUGAAGUGAAAAAAGUGGGCUUUCAUGGGUCGCCCCCCGCCCCCGACAUUUCCAUGUGAUGUUUAGUGUGAGGCUGAACCUUCGGAAAACUUGUUGAUCUUAAUUAUCCAUUAUUAGUUGCGACUGAACAUUCUGUGGCACAUGGAUGAAAACCCCUUCGGUAGGCUGUAGCAGUCCUGAUAGGAUCAUGUUUAUGGGAACAAAAUUAUCUUAACUCCUACAUACUGGUUUUACGAUUCAAUGAGGCAGCUACAUGAAUGCAAGUGGAACAUCUCCGUUGCUGGUAAUGGAAGAGUAAAGAACCUCACAUGAUUACAGAGGUCUGCCUUCCAUAAGCACCGUGUACAUGUGAUACUUCUGAUUUUUGAUUGCAUUAUAAGUGGAAGGGUCCUUAGUCAUAAUAUAGGAUCCUUUUACUGCGAUCGUUAGGUCGUGUUUCUUGCGGACCACUCUGAUUUGGGGGCAAAAUCAUACAGAUGUAGGUUUGUUUUUUAAAAAAUACAUGCAAAGGUAUUAUACUUUCUUUGUCAAUUUCAAAACAAUGUUCUUAUAACUAAAAACACGUUUUAGUGAUCUCAUGCUUAAUCCAGUUGCUAGAGAAAGGUUAAAUGGCAGUGGAGCAUGUCUGUGCAACACACAUAUUUUAGAUAACAUUUCUGCCUGUUUCCUCUGAUGAGAUCAGUUUGUACUCUUCACCCUCAAAUUCGCACUUGUUGCACCAGAAGAGGCCAGGGUGGAUCACUGUUUUGCGUAUGUUAUUAUAAUGGUGGCUGUCAUAUUUGCAAAUGAUUGCAACCUUUUGUGUGCUGUAGUUUGGUGUCUCUCUGAACGGUACACUGACUUACUGUACAUUUGCUUAUAGUGAUUCCGGAUCUUGUCGCUUAGAAACUCAGUUCUCUUUAAGCCAAGUUCCUUGUUUUCAAGCGGGCAGGGAUCUCACUGUGUGUCCCAGCAGCAUGUGUUGAUUGCAGCGUAUUGUGGAAUAACGAUGCUUGUUUUUUCCCUUCCUUUUACUACACCUCACACUGUCCAGUAAGCCCAGAACUUGCCCAGGGAAGUCCUCUCAUCUUACUGUUCCAGCAGAUGGAGGCUUAUCUAGUUCUUGCCCUCAGCAGUCUUCUCACUAUCCUGCUACAGACAGGUAGAACAGCAACUCUCCGCAAAGUUCUCCUUUGGUUUGUUGGAAUGCUGAUUAACCCUUUUAACACUUUUUAACAGUUUGCAGCCUUCCUCAGACUUACCAAACUACUCCUUAUUAUUAACGCAGUUGCUUGGCAGGAAACUGGGGUUAGCAUUUAGGGUUUUUGUUUCACUUUAUGUUGCCACUGUAUUAAUGACGCAGAAACUGUAGACCUCUGGCCAAAAAUUGGGCUGGUUAUCAUCUGCAGUUCAGUCCUUUGUUAUUUCUCCAGCUCCUGUACAUUUCUCCUCCUCUUCCACUUCCUUUCCCCUUAUUUUUGUUGAGCUGCCUGCAUUUCCUCAGGGUCCUUCACUGCCAAGCCCUUAGGCUACUGUCUUAUCCAACACUAGGUCCCCUUUGGUCAACCCAGCUCGAAGGCAGGUAGUUUCCUCAUGGUACAACACAGGUGUACAUUGCCAAUGCUCUUUUGUAGGCACAGGGGCUCUGAUGCACCUUUGGAGCUCCCUUGACCACAAGAGCUUCCUCAUUACUUCAGUGAGAGGGGAAAACUCCACACAUGCAGGUGAUAUGAGCACAUAACCAUCCAUUGGAUUUGGAUUUUGGAUUUGAUAUCCCGCCUUUCACUCCCUUUAAGGAGUCUCAAAGCGGCUAACAUUCUCCUUUCCCUUCCUCCCCCACAACAAACACUCUGUGAGGUGAGUGAGGCUGAGAGACUUCAAAGACGUGUGACUGGCCCAAGGUCACCCAGCAGCUGCACGUGGAGGAGCGGAGACGCGAACCCGGUUUCCCAGAUUACGAGACUGCCGCUCUUAACCACUACACCACACUGGCUCUCAUUGCCGACUAAGCGCAUGUUGUCCUCUCGAUCAGGGCAAGAAAGUUGCAAGAACCAGAAUCUGAGGUAGACGUUUUUAGGUAAAGGUAAAGGGACCCCUGACCAUUAGGUCCAGUCGUAGCCGACUCUGGGGUUGCGGCGCUCAUCUCGCUUUAUUAGCCGAGGGAGCCGGCGUUCAGCUUCCGGGUCAUGUGGCCAGCAUGACUAAGCCGCUUCUGGCAAACCAGAGCAGCGCACGGAAACCCCGUUUACCUUCCCGCCGGAGUGGUACCUAUUUAUCUACUUGCACUUUGACGUGCUUUUGAACUGCUAGGUUGGCAGGAGCAGGAACCGAGCAAUGGGAGCUCACCCCGUCGCGGGGAUUCGAACCGCUGACCUUCUGAUCGGCAAGUCCUAGGCUCUUUGGUUUAACCCACAGCGCCUCCCACGUCCCUACGUUUUUAGGGACACCUAAUUUCAAAUCUCUCUUAAACAGCAGGGAGUUUGGGCAUUUUAAAAUAGCCUGAUGGUUUGCUUGUUUGUUUAAAAAAUUCACGUUCGUACUUCCUGUCGAAAGUUAAUAUGUUGAAAUAUAUAUAUUUGUUCCCACAGACAAAUUGUGGUGAAUAAAGAUAUCGUUUGCUGAAAAAAGAGAGAACAGGCUCUUGAGUUAUAGAACAACCGUGCUUUCUUUUCAAAGCAAGUUGUGUUUAAAAGCGGUUCGUGUUUGUGCUGGGGAAGACUGAAGCAAAAUCCCCAAAGGAUGCACUGCGAUACAAAACGUUGUCAUAGUUUAAAACAAACAGACAAGGGGAGAAUUAUGUUGGUGGAAGACACAGUGAUGAUGGCAACCCGCUGGUUGUUCUUCCUUUCACAGUGCUAGUGGAGGAAGCGCCUACAUAUGUAUUUUUACCAUGCUUUCAUGUACUGAGGGAAAAUCAGCAGCAUUUAGCAUCUUCUAGUACUUUCUAAGUAAAGGAGAAGAAGAUCAUGUGUAUGACUGGGUGCAGGACCCAUGUUUCUAUAUAUGCUAGGAAUCAGCAACUAGGACAGGAGUGAGGGAACAUGCGGCCCUCAAGAUAUUAAAGGAUUAGACCUCCCGUCUUCCUUGGUGUCUGGGACUGAUGGGAGCCGAAUUUCAACAACAUCCGGGGGCACACAGCUUCCCCAGCCCCCUCCCCUGAACUAGAGGCUCUUGAGUAAUACCAGCCCCGUUUCCUCAGUAAUCUUUUGAAGCAAGAGAUGUAUGCAGAAGGUGUGGUUGCAACAGGCAACAGGACUUGCUGGCAACCAGCUGACGUGGGUUUUCUGGAAGGUUUUGAAUUAGGGUGAGUUGCACAGGGUGAUUUGCAUUGACAAAUGUUCUGAUCCCCUAGUGAGUUGAUCUAAUUUUGCAUAUUUAUUUGACUCGCAUUCAGUAAACAAAGCUUGCCAUGCCCUCCCACCAGAUGUCAAAGAGAAAAAUAACUACCAAACUUUUAGAAGACAUCCGAAGGCAGCCCUGUUUAGGGAAGCGUUUAAUGUUUAAUAGGUUAUUGUAUUUUAGUGUUUUGUUGGAAGCCGCCCAGAGUGGCUGGGGAAACCCAGCCAGAUGGGCGGGGUAUAAAUAAUAAAUUAUUAUUAUUGUUCACGGCACAGCGUUUUCAGCUGGCAUCCAUGUUUGUCGUUCCUGAUGAACUUUUGUAAUAAGAUUUUUGUGGAUAUGGACAAAUGAAGCAGCAGAAAAUGCUUCUCCCCACUUCCUUGCCGGCAGUCUACUUUGGUGGGGGGCCAGCGGGGCGGGGGAGCAAGGCUUGCCCCUCCAUAUUUCAUUCCCUCUUGAAGGUUGUCCUCCCAUAUUGCUGGCAGCUGACCUAUAUGCUUUUUGAACUGAGGGAAAUCUAUAGUCAACUCUGAAUGAAAUUCCAUUAAUUAUUGGGCUUCCCCUUUGACUUGGUGGGUCCUUUAGCAUUUAUAGGUUCAUAAUGUCCUAUCUGGACAGUCUGUUUUGCUUGUUUUUCCUUUUUCACUGUCUCUUGUUUAGAAGAUAACACUGUAUUUCCUGUUUAUGUGAUGUUGCAAAAUUGCCAGGCAUAGCCUGAGAUCCUUUAAAUUUGCCAGAAAGUCUGCAGAAAAUACAGCCACCCUUUUAGAGAAGGUGACAUUUAAGCAGUGCCUGUUGGCAAUGUAUACAUUCUGGAUAUAAAUUUUCCCUAUCUGUCUCUAUCAUCUGUCUAUCUAUCAUCUGUCUAUCAUCUACCAUCGUCUAAAGAUGUUUUUAUUUAACAAUAUGUACAUACAUGUUGCUUGCUUUUAAUUGCAACCUCUACAAGCAAAACAGAGACAUUAAAAUUGUCAGUGAAAUAUUUUUUUGAAAAAUAAUAAAAUCUAUGAUAAGCUAAAAAGAGAUUAAAACACACAAUGGCUGCUACAUUCCUGGAUAACCUUGCCUGAACUUAGCAGGAACCAAGAAGAGCACAGUGAAAGUUCCUGUGUGAAGUUGAGUGGGUGUAUUUGGGGUAAAUCGAUCCCUCAAAUAAACAGGUUCCAAGCUAUUAGGAGCUUUAUAUUAAUAGUGAUACCUUGAACUUGACGCAGUAGUAAAUGCAUAACCAGUGCAGGGUUUCACUUCUGUCAGCAUCCAUGAAGCAGCAUUCAGCACUAUCUGUAGUUUCCAUAUCAAGAUCAAGGGAAGCUCCGCAUGGAGUGCAUUGCAGUAACCUAGUCUUGAAGUCACCAAGGCCUGAACUACUACUCCUGUGCAUUUCACACACAUUUACUUGGGAAUACCAGAGUCAUUGUGAAUUGAAUCCUGAAGCUGGAAUGGGUGUGAUGAGCCGGGAGGUGCAUUGUCAAGGUGUGUCAAGGAGCUUAGUUUGAGGAACAGUUCCAGCCUUUAAGGCUUAUUUUGGGUCUGCUCAGCUGGAUGCCAAAAUACAUUAGAGAAGAACAGACUGCCAGCAUCCAGUUUGCUGGCUCAUAAACCCUCCACACCCCGAUGCUUCCAGAUUUCUGCAGUUUCAAUGAAAACGUAAUCUAAGAUCACACAGAACUAGUGGAUGUCCUGGUGCUGUCCUUCUCCACACAGUCUAAAUGUGUUUGGUUUUUUUCCGCCCGGGGAACCUGCUUUCUGUCAAACUCAAAUUGUAAACUCUUUGAGGCAACGGGGCUGCGUUAUUCGUUGCAGGACAACCUUUAAGAAAGGUAUGAUGUUCUUCUAGGGGAUUGCUAAUACAGUACAGCACAAAUUAUGAUCUAAUGCGUUUUGACCUGGCAUAAUGCAUUUUCUUUUUCACGCUGUCCGUAAUGUAGAAGUGUAUUAGUACUGAGAGUUAAAUGCUCAGUUAAACGCUUAAGGCUAUUAAUUAUUUUUUAAUAAAUAGUUCCUGUUCUAGUAAUGCAGAGAUGCCAUUUCUCUUUUAACACGAUAACAGUUCAUCUGGGCUUUGGCUUUAGAAAGGGAUUGGCAACGUAGUCCAGACCCACCUGCGGUAGGCUUUCCAGAUGCCCACAGGGACUCCCCCCCCCCAAAAAAAUCCCCGAAAUUAGGCUGGGAGGAGCAUUCUGCUGCAAUGAACAGAAUAGGUUGUGGCAUUUGUAUCUCUGUGUGUGGUGCCCACCGGUUGCUCCAGAUUGCAAAUGUGUCCACAAGACCAAAAAGGGUUGCAGUUUCCUAGCUUAAAAAGGCAGUUUUGUAGAACUUCUCCUUAAUAGUCCCAGAACCGAAUUAUUCAUGUCUUCUUGAUGACUUAUGACACACGUCUUACGUUUAGUGUGUUGGUGGUGUGAACUCAAGUUUAGUUUGCUCAAUAUUAGGUGGGUGCAUUAAGUCAGAAUUGGACAACAUCAGAAUGCUUUUGGGUACCAGGGGGACCAAGAACUUGGGAUUUUUUCAGCCUCAUGUAUCAUUUUUAUAUAUGUAGUUGGUUGGACAAACUAGUUUGUUGUAUCCUAAAGUUCUUCACUAGCUGAGCUAUUGUAUCCCCGCCCCCCAUUAAGUAAGAAAACAGAUUGUUCCUCUUGUUUUGUGUAAGCACAUCCAUAGAUUCAAGUUUCAAAUAUUUACAUCCUGAUCCUCUGGGAUCAGCACAUUAUUUUUCUGGAUCAGGACAUGUUUGCACAAAAAUGUUUGUGCAGGGAGGUGGGGCCAUGGGUCAAAGGCUGCCUGUGUAACAGCCUACACAGAUUUGACACUGCAUACCUGGUGUGUGUGUAUGUGUGCUUGAGGGAGAACUGAAUCAAUGCACCAGUUCCUUCCCCCUUCCUUCCUUCCCAUCAGUUCGUCAGUGCUGCCACUAUGCAUUAAAACGUUACUUGCAUAAAUGGAUUUUUAUUGCAUCCUUUGUUUUCCAAGGCAACCGUUUUGUCCACAAUCAGAUUAGUGGUUCAUGUGACCUGUCCAUUUAGGACUGAUUCAGGCAUUUCCAUGUCGCAGGGCUAUUCUGUGUCUCCCUAAGGAAGAGAAUGCACUGAGUGAAUUCAUGCUAUAGGGGUCUAACUCAUUCUGUCCCAGGAUAUCCUUGUGAUAAGGAACCUUGGGUACCCUUUUACUUUGGACACCUGAGGUCUAGAAUUCUAGGAAUCACCUUGUUUUUGGUAUUAUAAGUUGCUCUAAACUCUUUUUAAUAUUGUGUUUUAAUGUUGUGUAUCCCACCCUGGGGACCUUAGGGUCAAGGGUGGGUUGUCAACCAUUGUCAUCAUCAUCAUCACCACCACCAACAUCUCCUGUUGCCUUUUUUUCAUGGUAUCGGAACCCUUGUGUAUGGCCAGCCACAUUUGCACAUUACCUGUUCACAAAACGUGGCUUUCCCGGGGUUUCAGAAUACUAACAUAGAUUAGCAUUUAUUGACUUUUCUCUGCAAAAGAAAGCUAUGGGAGUCUAUUUGUGUGCUGGCAAACUACUGAUUUAUGUUACUAAGCUUUAAACCCUAAAUAAACUUUCUUGGAAGUAUACAUCCCAUUGGAAGCUAGUGGGAUUCAACCCCUACCCCCUGCAAUAAAUGUGCUUACGGUUGCUUGAAUAUUUAUAUUGUAUUUAUAGAUCCACUAAGUACUUUGCAAGCAGUACCCUAUUGCUAGGGUUUUGAGUCUCACAAAUUACUUUGCAUGUAACUUUAAAACCUCAUGCUUUCGGCUGCCUAUUGAACUGGGCUCAUACUGCAUUUUAAGUCUGAAAUGCAUUCAGCAUGUUUCAGUUCAGAUUGUCACUAACAAUAUAGCUAUAAAGCAUCUCAAAUUGCCCUGAGGUUGUACUUACGCUUAUUGUUGUUUAAUGCAUGUCUUCUCCCAUUUCCUCCCCACUUCUUUCUGCAGUCCUUCAGGUUCACGGCCCCCAACGCCUAAAAGUGAUUCCGAGUUAGUCAAUAAAUCUUUGGAAAGGGGCGUCCAGAAGAAUAAUCCACAAAUGCAUUGGGACUGGGGCGAACUACCUCAAGCCACAAAGGUAUGAGGGGAAACCUCCUCCGGAAUAUUUUCAAAUGCCUAUGAUAAAAUAGCUUCAAUCUUUCUUCUGUUUUUAGAGCUGACUGUCUUAAGGUAACAGAGAACUAACAAAUAUAUUUUAAAGGAGGGUGAAGUCAUAACACCAAAACAAAACUUAUUGCUAUGUGCACAAUCGUUGCGAUAGGAUGAUUUCCUGUUCUCCUCUGGUGUGGCUUCAAAAAGUUUUAAACUAACUGUAGUUUGUCAUUGCAUUCAAUUUAUAUUUUAUUCAUUUGCAAAAAUAAAAAAAAUGUACCGCUGUUCAUUAAAAAAAAAACCCCAGACAUCAGAGCGGUUCACAGCAAUAAUAUAUAAAACCACACAUUAAAAACCAUAUCGAAAUUUAAAAUUGGAGAUCAUCUAACUUUUACAGAAGGAUAAUCUCUUAAUGGCCAGCAGGUGCUUGUUGGAAUAGGUUAGUUUUAACAUUUAAACAGGUGUUUAAAUGUUAAAACAGAAGGUGCCUGCUGAACAGCUCAUUCCAUGGGCUUGGUUUCCUGUUGUGAGAAAAGUCUCUCCAACUCAAGGGACAGCCAACCAACCAAGGUGUUCUAUGGGAUGUGUGUGUGUGUGUGUGUGUGUGUGUGUGUGUAAUUCCCAGGUGGUCUUCCAUCCAGGCACUGCCCAGGCUCAUGCCAUCUUAGCUUCAGCAAGAUGGCUGCAUCAUGUGCCCUCCGACUGUAUGGGAUAGCUUAGUCCGUAGAGCAUGAGAUUCUUUAUCUCAGGGUUCAUGGGUUCGAACCUCACACAGGGCAAAAAAAGACUCCUGCAUUGCAGAGGGUUGGCCUAGAUGACCCUCACGGUCCUUUCUAACUCUACAGUUCUGUGACUUUGUGACUGUGCCCUGGGAAAGUGGUUUCCAUAGACACAACUAUCAGACUGUUACCCUGAUCAGAAAGUAAAGAUUGGCUGCUUCUCCUUUUUUUGAGCAUGUGCUCGGCUGCAAACCCAGGGUUGCUGCUGCUAUUUAUUAUUACAUGGCAGAGUUAGGACAAUUACUUAGGUUUUGGUGUGAAAGCAGUGCUUACUUUUCACAGCAUCUUGUUUCUUCUUAAUCAGGGAAGCGUUGUUAAACAGGUGUGUAUUCUCUUUCCAGUCUGCUAUUCCACUCAGGCUAAAAGAAUCCAGCUCUGCGGUGAAUGUGAAUCCUUCUGAAAGCACUCACUUUCGAGUCAUUCAAAACGACGUUCUGGAGGAUCUUCAGAGUAGUACUCCCUUACCUGUCAUUGAACAGGCGGAUGCUGUGCUGACUCUGGAAGAACCUGAGCUUCAAGAAGGAAUACCUGAGAUAAAUGAGCCAAAUGUAGACAUGUUAGGGGCAGCUGCACCUCCACUCCCUGCAAAUGAAGACGUCAAGCAGGCUAUGGCUUGUUUGGCACAGCCAACAAGCAGCAAGACCGAUUCUCCCUCCAGGAAAAAAGGUAAAAGCUGCUUGUACGAUUGCUUCUGGUUUUGAACCCAGGCACUGGAAAAGUUUAAGCAGUUUCUUAAGAGAAAAACUAAUUGUGCCUGGUUUUUGGUUUUUUUUAAAAUGAGAUAAUGGGGAUGAAAGGAAGAAAGAAGUUUGUCUUUUGUAUAAGCAGCAGUGGAACUUAAUUUGCAAAGAGGUUUUUGACUGAGAGACUGAGGAAGAAAGGGAAAUGUCUUCCUUAGAUGGAUCCAAAUUUGCAAGCCUAGAGGGGAUAGGGAGCAAGGGGAGGGGGGGUGGAAGGGAGAAAAACUUCAGCUUUCUGAAUUCCUCCCAGCGCCCCAAAACACACUGGCUGAAUUGGCUGUUGCAGUGAAAGAUGCACAAAUUGUCCCGAGACACUGUCAUAUUCCCUUGAGCUUCUUUGGAGAUUUUGUCAAAGGUUUUGUCACUCUGCCUCAAACAGAUUCCAGAGUAGUUGUUAACUAUGUGCAGUCAGUCAGAAGCAAGCCUUGUUAAAUUUACCAGGGUUUGCUCCCAGACAAGCAGAGUUGGAAGCCAAUUUGAAGGUGGUCCUGGGGUCAUCACCUCCUCUCUACCUUGCUUCCCAAAACUGACCUUUUAAUUUCACUUCGGGUGAAAUUCAGCGGAAGUUCCAAAAAUGGAAGAAGGGCAAGCUUUGGUUGCGGGAAUGUUCCAGUAAGUUUCCAUCACUUAAGUAUCAGGUGCUAGAGGAGGAGUCCGUUGGUGGAAAGUCAGGCUCUGUACCUCAAAAGGGGGAAGUGAAGAGACUCGGCAGAAGAAAUCUCUGCGGAAGAAGAUCCCUUGUUUACCUUGUUGUGGGAACUCGAAGCAUUUCACCUUCCAGACAGCUUUCUCAGGCUCUUAUGUAGUCAUGUGCUUGUGUAGCUGUGUCUUGCAUAAGUUCAUUUGUUUACAGCUGACUGUGAAAGCGAAAGAUCUCUUGUUCUUACAAGCAUGCAACAGGAUACAGACAAGUUUCCUCUUUUUAAGCAUUUGGUUUUUUUGGUUUUUUUGCUUUGCUCGCAAGCGGGAUAGCUAGAAUCCCAGCCCCCUUGAAAUCAGUGGGAGGUUUCCUAUUCUCUCUAGGUUUCUCCUCUAUCUUCAAGCAGAAAUACUUAUGAUUGCUUGCUCUCUAAUGUUCUGGGUGGGUUCCCCCCCCCAAUACUGGAAGCUAUUUAGCUUUUAUGUCAUUGGGGCACACUUCCCCACUCCAUAGCUGCAUCCCCCCUCCCCCCCGGCUUCAAGAACCUAAUAAAGAGCCCUUCUGGAUCAGACCAAAGGCCCAUAUAGUCUGGCAUCCUGUUCUCCAGUGGCCAAACUUAGGUGCUUAUGGGAUGGCCUCACAUGGGACCAGAGAACAACAGCCCUCACGUUAAUUCUAAGAACAUUCUGAACCAGUUUGCAUGUCAAUCCAAGCCAAACUGUGACUGUGCAAAUGACCAAAUGGGUGCAGAUGCAAAGCAAAGGCUGGGGUUUAGUGCUCUUUGUUUGAAAUUACAAAUUUUGCACCUGCCUUUGUUGUCUUCCUCUGCAGCAUUGCCCUCUCAUUCUAUAUUAUGUUAUAUCAGGAAGGGAUAACUCACAUGCACCUUCCUAAACCAAGACAAAGCCCUAUGGCCAAGGCAGCUUUGAAGGAGAUGAGGGUCGUUAGUUGCUACCAUGAGAAUUAGAUAUUUUGCCAGUGGACCGACUGUACAUCCUCAAACAAACAAACACACACCAGGCAAGCAGAAUCUGUGGCUUCCUCUGGAGGAGAGAAAUGAGUGUUCAAAUUGAGUGCUUUCUAUUAAUACCGUGUUUUUCUUUGCCUUUCACAGAUAAGCGUAGCCGACAUCUUGGUGCUGACGGUGUUUAUUUAGAUGACAUCACAGAUAUGGAGCCAGAGGUUGCUGCACUCUAUUUUCCUAAAAAGUACGCAUGGUAUUAAUUAGCACUUGUAAUGCAUCUGUCUGAUUCAACAGACCACAAUGGCGUGCAUGGAUCAAGAAGCAGUUUCCUAAUGGUUGCAGCAAUGUUAGUGGAGCUUAUAUCCUCCAGUAAUGGUGAAUGAUUCAUUCACUUUUCCCACAGUAUUCUUCAGAAGUUGUUUAGGAAAUCAGAUUCUGCCAGAUAAUUUGUGCCCACCAGAAGUAUUGGACUGUGACUUCCAUUGUCCCUGAUCAUUGGCCAUUCUUGCUGAAGCAGAUGGAAAUUGUAGUACUAAAUGUAUGGAGGGCACUAGGUUGAGAAAGAGCAUACUAAACCCUACCUUGGGCUCACAUACUCUCCCCUCCUUCUCUGAUGUGGAGGAAUUCAGAAGCUUUUGCUUUCAUUUUAGAUUGAGCACAGCUUAUUAUGAUGGCCCAAGCUAGACAAAAUGUGGUUAACUAUAGUUUGUUGAAGCAAGCCACCUUCAAAGCAUAGUUUAUGAAGCUGGUUUGCUUUAAACUAACCAUACCUAAGAUUCCCCACAGUUUAGGGUUCAGAUGACACAAUUAGGACAGACCUGAACAUGCCUUCUCACCUUCAUGAGGAAGAAGUGAGAACUUUGGGGAUGGUCAAAGGGUGGUGGUGGCAAAAGGUGGAGUGAGGAUUCUGCCAUUUUUUAAAAAAUGAGGCCUUGGUGCCCCUUAAAAUGAUGGAAUGCGAUGAUGCACCUUUAUUCCCAUGAACAUUUUACAGGCAAAAAUAUAAAUCGUGCAAUUUAAGCAAUCUUUGUGUUUGCUUUGUUUUGAAUUUUGGUAGUCUUGAGGGGUGGAAAGAAUUUACACAUGCCACUGAGUCCCUACCCUGACCACUGCAAAUCCUUCUAAAGCCCUCAGCCUUUUGAGAUUUCACCAAGCAAUUAUCCACACACCUUUAAGCCUAACCGGUUCCUUCUGCCGCCAACACACUUAAAAUGAAAGCUGAGGUUUUCAGGAUAUCCGCAUGCAAAAUUCCGUGCUUGAGCAGAGCUUUCACAGAGUUUGGUACGCUUGGUACCAACUUUGCUUAAAAUCCUAAACCCUCUUAUCUGGGAGAGAAAGCUCCGUUUAUCUCAAUGGGACUUACUUCUGAGUGUAUAUAUAUAUAUCCAGCUGCCCCAUGUUUCUGUUUUUAAUUGUUAAUACCUUUUAAAAACAGCGAACAGAAGUAACUGAAAUAUAAAUAGAAGUAGUAAUCAUGAAGGCAACUGUGCAUAAAGAAACAUAUUUAUCACACCUUCAAAUUAACCUCUCCAGCCAUCAAGGCUAGAAAUGUAGUUUGGUUUUUUUUUAUAAAAGAGUGCUGAUAGCUGAUGGUUCACAGUAAGAGUCUCAGGGGUGCAGUAGACAGCUUGUGUCUGAGUCCUGAUAAGUGGGAACAAGCCUGGAAGCAAUGUAAAAAAAAAACCCAAACACAAUUCUGUCAAUCAAGUACAUUUUUAUGAAGUUCCUGUGCUCGGAACCUUUAACCAUCAGGCGAGUUUGGGGAGCCUGUUGGGCUCCAGCUCCCAUUAUCCCUGACCAUUAGGCCGUGCUGUCUGUGGCUUAGGGAAGCUGCAGACCAACAAAUGUCUUCAGGCCACAGGUGUCCCAUACUGGCUGUGAGAGAUAACUUAGUGCACAGGCCAAUGCAAUGCCGGCACCAAGGGAGUACGAUUCAAGUUUGGGCAUGUAAGAGCUUGUAUGGAUGUUGGAGACAGCUAAGCCAGUCUUCUCUUCUCAGUGACGAACAUGCCGCCCAGUCGAAGGUUGUGAGUGAAAAUGCGCCCCGCUCAGCGAACCAGUCCCCUCAGACAGUCGGAAGCUCAGGUAUCGAUAGCGGCAUCGAGAGCACCUCAGAUGGAAUAAGGGACCUGCCGUCCAUUGCUAUCUCACUUUGCGGGGGACUUAGUGAGAACAAAGAAAUAUCUAAAGGUAUGCAGAGAGCUUCUGUGCUUCUAUUUAUUAUACUACCUCUUCGUUUUAGUACUCGGCUCCUCUUCUGGAAAACUAAACAGUGACCUCUUGUGGGUGUUGAUGGAACAUUUGGCUGCGAACCCACUGAACUUUGAAUCAACACAGAUUCCACCCCCCCCCCCUUCAAAGAAUUCUGGGCAUUGUUGUUUGACCCUCACGCUGUUCCCAGAAACCCUUAGUAAACUACAAUGCCCGGAAUUCUUUGAGGGAAAGGAUGCUCCUUGAAGGCGUACGCAGCCACUACAUCACAAUGAAUAUUUGUUCUGCAGUUAGGAACAUAGGAACUUGCCUUGCACCGAGUCAGGCCAUUGUCUACACCAGCGUUUUCCAAACUUGAGUCUCUAGCUGUUUUUGGACUACAACUCCCAUCAUCCCUAGCUAGCAAGACCAGUGUUCACGGGUGAUGGGAACUGUAGUCCAAAAAAGCGGCUAGAGACCCAAGUUUGGGAAAAGCUGGUCUACCCUAAAGGGACACGGGUGGCGCUGGGACGCGGGUGGCGCUGUGGGUUAAACCACAGAGCCUAGGACUUGCCGAUCAGAAGGUCGGCGGUUCGAAUCCCUGCAACGGGGUGAGAUCCCGCUGCUUGGUCCCUGCUCCUGCCAACCUAGCAGUUCGAAAGCACGUCAAAGUGCAAGUAGAUAAAUAGGUACCACUCCGGCUCUGGUUCACCAGAAGCGGCUUAGUCAUGCUGGCCACAUGACCCGGAAGCUGUACGCCGGCUCCCUCGGCCAAUAAAGUGAGAUGAGCGCCGCAACCCCAGAGUCGGUCACGACUGGACCUAAUGGUCAGGGGUCCCUUUACCUUUACCUUUUACCUAAAUGGCAGCGGUCCGCCAGACCAAGAAACAUUCCCAGCCUUGCCUGGAUAUGCCAAGGAUUGAAUUUGGGAGUUUCUGUAUGCAAAGCAGAUUCUCUACCGCUGAGCUAUGUAUGGCCCUUCCCAAUUCAGGUCAAACUAUUUACACUGUCCCCUCCCCCCUGCACUCAACCCUUUGGGAAUCAGCAAAAUGCACGCCACUUUAUAUCACUUGCCGUAUUCGGCAUUUGUACUGCCUUUAAAAGUGCCUUUUGUACCUACACUUUGAGGGGCAUGGCUGCAAAAGGCACAGUGUGUUUCCUAACCAUGUCUGAAGAGUGCUAAGCUUGGGUGCAUAGCUGUCUUCUGCUGCAGGCCAGCAAGCCCAGUUUUCCUUGAAACCCAAUCUUGGACCGGGCAUUGUGCAUCAUAUGUCCUGCACGGUGAAUGCACCUCUGCAGCAGUGUGACUUCUCAGACCAUAUACAUCUGUAUGCACUCUUCCUUCCCAAGAGGAUUUGCACUUUUUAAUUGCCUAUCCUGUGUCCCAGUCAGCACAACUGGUGGUCGGGGAUGAUGAUAGGAGUCCAACAACAUCUGGAGCGAAGGCAGUUAUUUUUUAUUAUUAUUAUUAUUAUUAUUAUUAUUAUUAUUAUUAUUAUUAUCCUUGCCCUGGUGGAUUGAUAAAUGUUUUGGUUUUCCUUCCUACUGAUGCUACAGAAAUGUGCUUGUCUGUCGCCUGGCAGGCUGCAACCCUCUGCUUCGGAGCUACGCUUGGCUCCAGGGAUGGGAUAACAACACCAACAACAACAAUAACAAUUAUUAUUAUUAUUAUUAUUAUUAUUUAUUAUUUGUACCCCACCCAUCUGGCUGGGUUUCCUCAGCCACUCUGGGCGGCUUCCAAGGAAGAUUAAAAAUACAUUAAAAUGUCACACAUUAAAACUUCCCUAAACUGGGCUGCCUUCAGAUGUCUUCUAAAUGUCAGGUAGUUGUUUAUCUCUUUGACAUCUGAUGGGAGGGUGUUCCUCAGGGCGGGCGCCACUACCGAGAAGGCCCUCUGCCUGGUUCCCUGUAGCUUUGCUUCUCUCAGUGAGGGAAUCUCCAGAAGGCCCUCGGCACUGGAUGUUGCUGGUUGGGUGGACCUGUCUUAAGGGGUGCAGUUAUCCUUCUUUGGUCCCCUUAUUGUCUGCUGUUCAAGCAGUAGUGACGGGGCCAACUCUGCCAUAUAUCCCAUCACUACCUGCGUCUCAUGAAUUCUUUUCUCCCCCUCCCUCCUCUCCUGACAGAAAAGUUCUUAGAACAAGAAGUAAGUUAUCAGCAGUUUGUGGACAAUCCUGCUAUUAUCGAUGACCCUAACCUUGUGGUGAAGAUUGGAAGCAAGUAAGUAUAACUCAGGAAAGUUAUAGAAAUAAUGAUAAUUAAAACAACAACAACAGAUGAGAGUAUUUGAAGCUAUUUCCAUAGCUCAUAAAAUCGUAGAGUUUUGGAAGGGAGCCCAAGGAUCAUCCGGUCCAGCCCCCUGUAUUGCAGCUGUCCCAUAGGGGGAUUGAACCUGCAACCUUGGUGUUAUCAGUGUCAUGCUCUAACCAACUGAGCUGUGGCCAUACAGGAGCUUCUCCAGAGCAGUGAAUCAGCACAUUAUCCACCUUGCUCUCAGUCUUACAGAUCAGUCCCAGUGCAGAUGUAACUCAGUGCCACUGCACUAACCUGAUGGCAUGAUGAUGAUGAUGAUGUUUGUACCCUACUUAUCUGACUAGGUUUCCCCAGCCGCUCUGCGUGGCUUUUAACAUAUAUAAUAACACAAUAAAACAUUCAACAUUAUGAAAAAAACUUCCCUGUAAAGGGCUGCCUUCAGACGUAUUCUAAAAGCUGUAUAGUUACUUAACUCCUUGACAUCUGAGAAGUUGUGCCUUGAGGCAUGUUGUUAUGUACUGAGUUGAAUUGGAUCCAGAAGGCAGCAGUCUGAUUGGUCCUAGAACAAUAGGGUCCAGAAUGCAGCAGUCUGAUUGGUCCACAGGAGCCACCCAAUCCAGCUCCAGGUGGAAGUGAAUCCGCAACCUGAUUGGCCUACAGGUGAAUCCCGGAAUUAGCCAAUCACGUGGGGCCAAUUGUGUAAAUAAUGUAUAUAAAGCAGACAUUCUGGGGGAACUUCCAUUCCUCCUCACUACUAUGAGCUGAAUAAAGAGCAUGAAAUCUAUUCUCGACUCCGAGUAUAUUUCACAUGUGUUGAUAUUUGGCAGAUAGUUUCAAUAAUGGUGCAUCAAAUUGUUUUUGACCUAGGUACUACAACUGGACUACAGCAGCUCCUCUUCUGCUAGCGAUGCAAGCAUUCCAGAAACCUUUGCCAAAGGUGAGAUUGACCCUGGAAGCCUUUUGGGGAAAAGAAAUACAGGCCACCAUGCCCAAUGAUAUAGCAAAAAAAUCAGAGGGAGGAGCCCAUAGGCACUUGGACAGUGCUGGCUACCAUCCAUGAAUCAUGCUUUUACUUGUCUGUGCUUCCCAAGCCUCAACACACUUUGGGGCAAUAUGGUCCUGCUUCUUUCUUUUUCUCCUAGUCUUCCUAUUCCUGGGACUGGGAUGGGAGAAGAGUUUCUGUCUUAAGCUGUGUAUGUUCUGAUUGAGAAACUUUAAGAAUGCUUGCAAGAGAGUUGUAAUUUCAGUUAUGUGUGCCAACUCCCCCCAGCUCAUGUGGUCAGCUUCAUGCAUAUCAUUGGUUAUAUUGCCUUGGUCACUGUUGGGGCUACGAACCAACAUUUUCUAGACUUUGGCUGAGGAUGCGCCUGUGAUUUCAUGAAUCUGACUUGUAUUCAAACAGCAAACCUUUAGGAACGAACAGUUCAUCUCGACAAUUGAACUUCUUUUUGCAGGCAGGCAAGCUUGAUUAAUGCUCAUUUGUUGUAUUGAUUUCAGUGGCUCUUGAGAACUGUGUGCUAAGGCUGAACUUUAAGAGUUGGGCUGUAAGCCUUCCUUUGAUCCCAAUGUCCUCUGCUGGAGGACAGAAAGAUUCGAGUAUAGCAUCUCUCGUGCAAAAUAGCUAUUAAAGAGUAACUCCAACUUGAAAGUCCAAUGCUGGAUACAUUUAUAUUUAGCUACGGACCUCUCUGCUUGUUGACAGCCGAACCAGAGCUGUUGUAGUUUGAUAUUAACCUGCAGCUAGGCCGAAACAACUCUUGAUCUGUUUAGCAUUUGAUGAACUGAUGGGACUCAGUGGCACACAUCUCUCUUGCCUCUCAAGGGAUGACAGAGACACACUUUUUAGAAAUAUCCACAGAUAGAUCAAUAAAAUUCAGAUCUAUCAAUUCUAGCAAAGGGUUCAGGGUGCUACAGUGCUGUAGCCAAAACAGGUCUUAAAGAAAUCAUAGACCUUUGGCUGGAACUAUAUGUAGCUACCUGCUGUCACCAGUGCUGAUUUAGGAUUAUUUGGAACCAUGUCUGAAUCAUUUUUUGGAGCAUUCUUUUUGCCACAUUCUCUCCUGCGCCAUUGCUCACACAGGUCCAGUUCACACAUGCAUGUAAAUAACUCUGAGGCACUUUUGUUGUUGUAAGCUUUGGCAUCAGAAUAUGAAAAUACUCUCUUGGAAGGCAUUAGCAUUUGAGGCAAUGUAAGGGGACGCGGGUGGUGCUGUGGGUUAAACCACAGAGCCUAGGACUUGCCGAUCAGAAGGUCGGCAGUUUGAAUCCCUGCGAUGGGGUGAGCUCCCGUUGCUCAGUCCCUGCUCCUGCCAACCUAGCAGUUUGAAAGCAUGUCAGAGUGCAAGGAGAUAAAUAGGUACUGCUCCAGCGGGAAGGUAAACGGCAUUUCCGUGCGCUGCUCUGGUUCACCAGAAGUGGCUUAGUCAUGCUGGCCACAUGACCCGGAAGCUGUAUGCCGGCUCCCUCGGCCAAUAAAGCGAGAUGAGCGCCGCAACCCCAGAGUCGGUCACGACUGGACCUAAUGGUCAGGGGUCCCUUUACCUUUACCUUUAAGGGGACCUGAAAGUUCUCUCCCCCCCCGCCGGGUUGCUUUAUCUGUAAUGGCCCAUUUGUGCAUGCAUAUAAUUGCUUUAUGGUUGCAGUCACCAAGUAGCAAAUCCUCCUGUGUGGAUCAGCACAGAUAUUCUUUUUUUCAGAAUUUAUCCAAGUGAAUUUGAAUAGGUUAGGCUUGCUUUAAUUGCUGUCAAUCCUGACAUAAGGCCACGUGGAAAGAAUAUGCACUGAACUUGCAUAUUUGUUUGUAGGAUAAAACAAAUUCUGCACUUAGGAAUUUUUUUUGCUGUCCAACAUGUUAAGGAAAUAAACUUCCUCACCUUCAUCAAGAAGCAACUAGUGGCUAUUUUGGUGCUGAAUGUUUUAUUAUAUUAUACCUCUUAUCCUAUACUCUCCUGAAUAGCUUUCAAGAGACACUAAACCAACCAUCCUGCUUAGUUUCAUUAUUAUUUACUGGGGACAGCUAACCAUCUUGCCUACCCGUGUUUCUUACCAGCAGAAACCUUUUAUGAUUUUUACUAAACAGCUGUGAAGUAGAGACUUCUUUCUCCCCACUCUCCUAAACAUUAUACUAAUGGCUUAUUAUGCUUUUGUUUCAUUUUGUUUCGUUCCCAUUUUCUCUUCUUCUUUUUUUAAAUUUUGUAAGUGUUCUUGUUUAAGUUACUUCCGUACAGUUCUGGAUACCAUUAGGUUUUGCUUUGACAAGAUUUGUGGUCCACAGAUAGUAUGUUUCCUUUUACUCUCUUUGCUUGAGUUUUAAAUUGCGUGUGGUUUGUCGUUUUUUUCUAUAUAAAAUAUAUAUUUUCGUUUGCAUGAGUUAGAUUACUUUUUGUUCUGUUCCAUUAUUUAUGUUACCAUCCAUUUAUCACAGGCCACUGUGGAUUCUAUAAUGAGGGAUAAGAUGCCAAAAAAAGGUGGAAGAUGGUGGUUUUCAUGGCGAGGGAGGAAUAGCUCUAUCAAAGAGGUAAGUUCGGAAACUAGAUGGACCGAAUUUCCCCCCAGGUUAGAAAACCAUAUAUAUGGGGCUGUGUGUAAUGGCUGAUAACCAAAAGUUUGUAUUUUUGACUUUGUUCCUAAGCAACCCAAAUUUAGCAGAAAGAAGAGUUGAAUUCUGUAACCUGCAAACUUCAUGAAGAAUUUGUGGGGCGGAGCGCUGCGCUAAUCCCGAAGCUUGGGGCGUGCGGAGCUCAGCGCGCACCAAGCUUCUGGGUGCAGGCAAGCUCUCCGCUAGCCCUGGGAGAGCUGGGUCUCCCACGGCUAGCGGAUAGCUUCCUGAAGCCUGGAGAGCUCUCCAGGCUUCAGCGAAAGCCUGCAUUCGCCCCAUAGGACGCACACACAUUUCCCCUUCAUUUUUGGAGGGGAAAAGGUGCGUCUUAUAGGGCGAAAAAUACGGUACUUCUGUUGAAAUCUACAAUUCAAUACAAUGAAUAGUAUAUAUUAUUUUUUCAAAUGUACAGCCGGUUACGUCUUGUGUGUUUAUUGAAUAUGUUUCACGUCACCAGAGAUUUGUUGUUGUUUUGCGCACUUACCAGGGCAGGGCAGAGUGAGGUUGGGACUGCACAGCCAAACUCUUGUGGCGCUGGAUUGGCCCUGCUGGUGUGCCUCUGCACCUCCAACCUUGUUCCUGCCUCAUCUUGGUAAGCAGUGGUGAUGCUGCUGCUGUCAGGGAGCAAUGCCACGACCCAACCCGCCAUGCUGUCUGCUCCUGCGUUUUGAGUACUGCAAACAUGCAAUUCACUGAGAUCAGCAGGAUAGAACAGAGCAGGCUCAGCGAUAAGAGUAGGCCUUGCUGUUGGUUCACCCUUGAUGUUCCUCCUAUCUGCUUGGAAGUCAGGGAGGUGGUGAGCUGCAGUUUCCCCUCUUCCAUGCACCUGGGUGGUUCUACCGUAACUGCGUGUGUAAUUUUCAGAGCCGGCUCUGUUCUUCACCUUCUUAACGUUUCGCCUACAGGAAACGAAGCCUGUGCCAGGUCUGAGUGGAAAAGAAGAGUUGAACAUUCAAGACAGGUAUCAAAUUGUUUCUGUCCUGCUUUUCAACUUAGAAGUUUUGCUUCAUUUGCCUUCUCAUUAAUAGCAGCAACUUACUACAUUUAUAUGGCCUAUAUGCAUUUGCUCAGACAGUCCUGUGAGGUAAGGUAGGCCCCAUGAAUUUCGAAGCUGAGUCGGGGUGUGGGUCUAGUUCUCCCAUGUUUGUGUGUGUGUGAGAAAUGACCAAUAAGAGCUGAUGUGCAGAUUCCGAAUAAUAAUAAUAAACAUGAUACCUUACUUCUGUUUUAACUGUACCACUUCAGAUUGCAGGUGUGAAUGUGAAGGAAAAUUGCACCAGGAAGAGGGGUCAGGGCUAGAAUUUCUGACCCCAGUGUGCUUUCUUUCUUUCUUUCUUUGGAGUUUUUCUUCAUGGGAGAGACAUUAGCUUCCAACAUAUCACACUGUUAUUCUGAAUGUGUAGGUACAACUGUGUGUGUGUUUAUUUGUGUGCAUGAUUGGCAGGAUGUGUGACAAUUCUUUUAUUUAAGGAACCCUCCUCAAGUCAAUAUUAUGAAUAUGAUGGCGUGCCACUGGGGUAGGGUGACUGGAGAGACCUGGUUUUAAAUCCCUGCUCAACACUGGGGGGCCUCAGGCCUCUCCCUCUCCCUCUCUUUCUCUCUCUCUCUGCCUAGUCUACCCCACAGGGUCGUUGUGAAGAUAAAACAGAGAGGAGGAGAAUAAUAACCCUGAAUGUUGCCCUGAACUCUUUGGAGGGAGGAAGGUGUACAAUUGUAAUAAACAAAAUAAAAAGUAAUAAAUGUUUAUACACACACACACACACACACAUAUAUAUAUAUAUAAUGUGACUGUGUAUGAUGUUUCAGAAUCAAAGACGAGUCUUCUUCAAGUGAUGAAGACCCUAGAGCUUCAAGUCAACCCUUUGCAUCAUCAGCAAACCCUGGUCAUCUUCCAUUAUUGUCUGGAGUGGGUUACAAAAAGACCCUUCGACUCAGUUCAGAACAGCUUGUAAGUUACGUUCACAUCAACUUUUCACCCCACCUAUAGAAAUUAAGACACUGGGUGAAGGACAAUGAAUCUGUUUUUGAGUGUUGUUAAAGAAAGUUUCCCUUAAUGAAGUGGUUGAUAUAAGAGAACAAGCGGUACCAUAAAAGGAAGGUGUAACCCAACCAGUAUAUUGACUGACGUUUAAAAUUAAUAAGAAGAUUGGUAUUUUUAUUUUUUAAAAAACAAAAUUUUCAUACUGCUUAAUUGUGAAAACCUCUAAGUGGUUUACAUAGCAGCUUGCUGUUGUUGAGCCUGGUUUUUUAUUUUUUUGUUUUACCUGCUUUGCACAUUCCAGGCCAUUGGCUAUACAGCAGAAUUCCUUAUUACCCUGACUGUAAUUCUGCUUCCUUGUUCAGUAAUGCAAGAGAAGGGACUUAAAUGUGUGUGACUAAAGCGAUUUACUGCCAGACCUUUAAGAACUGUGCUUUAAUAAUAUUCCGAGCCAUCUGGUUUGUCGACGCGCAAAUCUUGAAAUCCGGGUUUUGGUUUUGUUUGUGCUUUUUUUCAACAGAAAAGCCUGAAUCUUAAGAAUGGCCCCAACGAUGUGAUUUUCAGUGUUACAACACAGUACCAAGGGACGUGCCGCUGUGAAGGCACCAUCUACUUGUGGAACUGGGAUGACAAGGUCAUUAUUUCUGACAUUGAUGGCACAAUUACGAGGUGAGCGCUUUGCAAGGCACACAGUAUGCCAAGUUCCCCUUCAGGGAAAACUGUUUUGCCUGCUUCAUCAGAAAGUUCGAAAUAGCAGCGUGGAAAAUAAUGGGAGACCCUUGCAAUGCUCUCUUUGCACUGGGGCCAUUUUUUAAAACUGUUGAAUUCAAGUUGCCCAAAAGGAGAGUUCAGCUAAACAGGAGGAAGAACUUUCUGGCAAUAAGAGCUGCUUGAUAGUGGAACUAACUCCCCUGGAGAGCAGUAGACUCUCUUUUGUUGGAGGUUUAUAAGCAGAGGUUGGAUGGCCAUCUAUCAUGGAUGCUUUAGUUGAGAUUCCUGCAUUGCUUAGGGUGGGACUAAGCAAUGACUCUCAGGGUCCCUUCCAAUUCCAGGACUCUUGCCCAUUCUUGGUGGCCCAGUCCAAGCUGAUAUGCCAUGCCAAGCUGAUGACUGGACCAAUCUCCCAUCUGUUUCCAUCACAUGACGCAAUAGCAACACUCAAAAGUCAUAAUGCCAAUCCGAUAGAGAGGCAUAAACCUUUAUGCUUUCUUGUGUUUCUGGUUGGUGCUUGUGAACUAUGGGAGAUAUGGAGGCUGAUAUAGACUGCACAUUGCAGUGAGCCCUAGGUAGCAGUUUCCUUUGUUGCUAAUUGCUUCUCCAUUCUCUGAUUUUGCUUUGCUUGUUUUUAAAUGUUUAAUAUUCAUUUUAAAAUGUUCUGCUUUUGUUUUCUUAUUGAGUUAAUCUUAUGCCCAUCUCAUCUAAUUUUAAGACACACAGAUUUUUGUAGGCAAGAAUCAGUAAUAAUGCUGGUGAUGCAAGUUGAUCCAUAGGAGAGCCAUUUCAGUAUAGUGGUUAGUGUGUUGGAUUAGUUGGACCUGGGAGAUGAGGGUGCAAAUCCCCAUUCAUCCAUGAAGCUCACUGGGUGACCUUGGGCUAGCGACUGUUUCUGAGCCUAAUCUGUCUCACAAGAUUGUUGUGACGAUAAAAUGGGGAGGGGGAGAUGUAUGUAUCCUACAUGGAGCUCCUUGGAGUAAACAUGGAACAGAAAUGAAAUAAUGAUGAUGAUAAUAAUAAUAAUUAAUAAAGUGUUUGUGUUGAUUCCAAUGCUACUCUAAAGUCAAAGAGGGAUAAAAUGGUUUUCUCUUUUAAGAGUUCUUUGAAAAAGAUCACAGAAGAAUUUACACCGAAAGGCAAGACUGAAACAGUGUUAAUAAGUAACAAAUAAUAAUUUCUUCUAGUCUAUUCAAUCAAUCAAUCAAUCCUCUCUUUUUCCAGGUCAGAUACUUUAGGUCAUAUUUUGCCCACUCUUGGCAAAGAUUGGACGCAUCAAGGGAUUGCCAAAUUGUACCAUAAAGUGAGCCAGUGAGUAUUAUUGGGUUGUACAGUCAUACCUUGCUUCACAUUGCGGUUUUUUAAAUCUAGAAUUUAUAUAAACAGCAUCAUCAAAAAGCUGCCCAAAGCGGAGUAUGAAUAGAAAACACUGCUAAAAACCAUAAAUGAAAUGAAAAUAGCCGUCCAUAAAGCCAUCAUAAUUAAAACCGAAGAUAACAUCUAUAAAACUUUAAAUAACAAAUAUAGGUGACUGAAUCAUGUGUCUGGAAAGGCUUGCUGAAACAUAAAGGUUUUCGGUAGGUGUCUAAAAUGAAACAGUGCGAGUGUGUAUGCGAGGGGCGGGGGUGCUCAUCUGCCCCUUACAAAAUCCCUCCCAUUUUCUGUUCUUGUAUUCAGGGAGCUGAUUUCACUCUGCUUAUCAGAUCAGUCAAUUCCUCACUUGACUUUCAGUCAGUUCCCUCUUUGGUGGUGGUUCGUAGGUCUAGUCUGCUGCAACGUCCUAUCAUCCUUUGACUUUCAGAGUCAUUUUCUCCCUCAGACACAUGACAUGCAUUGAACCUUGCUUUGGCUCCCCAAGUCCUAUCCUUCCCCUGUAUCUGCGCCACCUCACAAAGCUAAAUCAUUGGCAAUUUGCUGCCAAUGAACGGUGCCCUAAAACCUGCUGCUUGAGGCAGUUGUUCACCUGGCCCAAUGACAGAGCCAUCUCUGUCCCCUUGUUCCAUGCAGAGUUUUUAUGGAAAUCAGUUGUGCUAAACACCGUCAUCUUGGAACAUAGGACUGCAGCCUUAGUGGCUCUGAAUGCUUAUAUCUUAUGGCUGGACCGGUGUAAUGGAAGGAAAUGCUAUAUUCCAUAAUACAAUUUAUCAAAUACAUGGGAGAUAUUAAAAGGCAAUAUUAGCUUACAUGCUUAAAGUUGAUUCUGGAUAGUGUGUUUCUGAUGACGAUGGCAACUGUUUUCUUUUUUUGAAACAGAAAUGGGUAUAAGUUCCUAUACUGUUCUGCACGUGCGAUAGGAAUGGCAGAUAUGACCCGAGGAUACUUGCACUGGGUUAACGAGCGAGGAACGGUGCUGCCUCAAGGUCCUGUAUUGCUGAGUCCCAGCAGCUUGUUCUCAGCUUUCCACAGGUAAGAGAACACGGAAUCUUGCCAUUCUAUAAAUUUCACUGGGUUGAGGGUUGCCUGGCUUGCUAGUUGUUGGGGUUGCUUAUUUGUCCGAAAUAUUUUCUGAGCUUCAGCUGUAAGGAUCCCACAUCUUUAUUGCAAGAUGAGACUUGAGUGGGCCAAACCAUAUCUGCUAGUUAUUUAUAAGGGUGUGCUCAAAAUGGAUUUUGUGGUUGCGUCAAUGAUGCUAUUUCCUUAGAAUGCAGAGGCUUGCAUAAAAUGCACAAAAACGGUUUACACGUGUGACAUAGGGUUAUUUUCGGUCCUUGAUCACAGUCCAACAGAGUACAAUUAAAUCCUUUAAUGUGAGUGGGUAAAUUAGGCACAUGCUUAACUCUUUUUAAGUUAAAUCAAUCAGACUAAAGAGGUGAACACUGGCCAUUUUAUUUGCGCCUCAUCUUUAACCACGUCACUUAGGUUUGGAAGCUUCCAUUUUUUAAAACAAGGAACCAUGAGAAUCUUUACAAUUCUUUUUGGGGGAAUCUGAAGUUCAGUCAGUUAAAAUGUUGUGUUUAGCCUGAGAAAAAUGACCGUGUUGCAUUGAUAAAGCACUUCUAAAACACUUCUGUUUUUGUGCGUGAUGGUUUAUUUCAGGGAAGUAAUAGAGAAGAAGCCAGAGAAGUUUAAAGUUCAGUGCCUAACGGACAUCAAAAACUUGUUUCAUCCCAACACAGAACCGUUUUACGCUGCUUUUGGCAAUAGGCCUGCUGUAAGUACCUUUGUGAUAUUAUUAUUUUAUGAGGACUCGUCCAAAGAGGAGCUUCUGCAGAUAAUGUUUGGGGUUCAUGCUGUAGUUUCAAGCUACUUGCAAUAACAUGUUACUUGUAUGUGGUUUUGUGAAACAUUUUUUCAAUCCAUAUCAAUUGGUCAAGUGGAGAGGAAUGUGGAGAUCUGCACAAACGUCUUAUGGGAUUGGCAGAAAUGUCUUGUGGUUUGUGGGUCUUGACUUUCCUGGUUAUCCUCAGUCAUCAGAUGGAUACUCCCACCAAUCUGCAUCACAUUCAUGCACAUGAGGAUUUAGCAAGCGCAUGACUUGAUGCUUCUCUGUUUUAUCCUCACAACAACCCUGUGAAGUAAAACACAUAUUAUAAGCAUUUUAGAAAGCUAAACUGUUUUCAAUUUAUACUGAGGGGAAACCUAUCUUUUGUGUUUGUUGCCCCCCCCCAGGAUGUGUAUUCAUACAAGCAAGUGGGAGUUUCACUAAACAGAAUAUUCACUGUUAAUCCUAAAGGAGAGCUAAUUCAAGAGCAUGCAAAGACCAACAUCUCAUCGUGAGUAUCAGUCCACUUGCUCCUAAUGUGGGGUGGAGUUCUCUUUCUCUAAUCCCUUUGAUGCUGGGUGUUACAGUAGAAAUUAACUGGACUGCCUUGAAAUCACAGAAUGGCAGAGUUAAGAGGGACCACGAGGGUCAUCUAGUUCAGAUUGUGAUAUUAUCAAGAUUUACUUCAGUUACGUGCUAGGUAAUCACUCUGUGAUUCAGUAGUUAAAAAUGAGAAAGUCCCAGUUUUCUUUAUUUGAACAAAAAAGCUUGUUUUUCAGCACAUUUGCAGCUGUGCCGUUGCAUUUAAGCUCCAAGGCAAUCCUGCGUUAGCUCAGCAACGAUUCAGCAAAUCGUACUGUCACACGUCAGAUUCAGAAACAGGAUAUUUGACUCUGUGGGUCUGUUGUAAUUUCCUUAAUUAUUCUGUCUUAAAAUGUGGAUAAAAUAGCUGUAUUAAUGCAGCCCGUGAUAUCAGCAUAUCCAAUUUAUUAGGCAGUGGUAAUAAUAAACUUUUUCUUUUUCUGUUUGUCCAGGUACGUGAGGCUCUGCGAAGUGGUAGAUCACGUAUUUCCCCUGUUGAAAAGAAGCCAUUCUUCAGACUUCCCCUGUUCUGACACCUACAGUCAGUUCACAUAUUGGAGGGAUCCACUGCCACCUUUUGAAAACCAGGAGAUGCAUCCUCAUGUGCCAUAA